AUGGUGCCGCGCCGCCCGGUGGCCGGCAGGAGUUCCAGUUCACCGGCUGCAGUAGGCCCCUCAACUGCAGCGGGCGCUGCUAGGAGCAGGGAUCAGCCAUCUGGGCGGAGCACACCCGGUGAGUCACCCCCUGGGGCUGUUAAGGCAAAAAGGGGAAGAAAGCAGGGGUUGGUGAGCGAGGCCCCCUCGACCCAGUCAGGUUCCGCUGAGGAUGGGGCAGCCAGUAAGGGCUUGGGCAACAGGGAAGUCAUAGCACCUGUAAGUGAUUCCAGGGUAGGUGGUGAGGCGUCCCGAGCACUCAGCAAGGUACGGCAUGGGUGGGCUAGGCCGCAGGCACCCCCUUCAAUAGCGCAGCAGCCACAGGUGACAGGACAGCGUGAGGUGCACAGGGCGCUGGUGACAGGUGGCGGGAUCACAGCAGGGAGCAGCAUGGCCCCUUCCCAGAUUGGCACGGGUACUGGGUGCUGUAGGACAACAGACCAGCGGGUGGGCAGGGACAGCCGCACUCAGGAUAGGGAAGCCAGGCCCCCAAGGGGGUGUAGAGCCAGUAGGGGGGACAGGAGGGCUUCUAGCCAUCGCUCCAGGAGUAAUCGGCGGAGCAGGCAGCGCAGUAGCAGUGGGGAGUCUGUGGCUGGGCGAUGCUGUGACUCACCCGUUAGGGGAUCAUCCUCACAGGGGAGUGCCUCCAGGUCAGUCAGCGGGGGCUCCCCCGACAGGAGGUGCAGAAGUUUUUCAGGUGAUAGUUACGGCCGCAAGGGUCAGGAUGCCGGGAGUCACAGGCCGCAUAGAGAAUCACCGGGUGAGGUCAGGGGGGAGCGGUGUUAUGAUGACGGCCUCCCCAGGUUUGCUUCUUCUGUUCACAGGUCAUUGGAUGUCGGGUCGGCGGGCCGAAGGAGGCCUCAGGACGGCGGGGAUUUCCAAACAGCUUCGCCAGGACCCUCACACGGCGGAGUUCGGGUAGCAGCCCCAGGAUCGGCGGCACCACGGGGUUUGGCUGGUGAGUCCCACAGUACACCACACUCUGGAGACUUGUUAGAGGGCUUAAAAUCGUUUCUUACAUCGUGGAGUUCAGGUUCAGAUAGAGGGGCUUCCUUCAGCAAGGUUUGGUUGCCAGGGCCGUCGGGUCUGGGGACGGGGGAGAAAUUAAUAACAGGACAGGCAGGGAGCAGUACAGGGGAGGUUAUGGCAGCGUCAUCGGCAUCGGUAGCCACAGAAGUAGUAGCUGAGAGGGACCUGCUAUUGGGUGAUAUCCCGGAUGCAGCACGGCAGAAUGUGCAUGUGUCGUUUGCGGGUCCGCUAGGGUGUCAUCUCAAAUUGGAGGUUAAAGAAAAACUGUGGAAAGGGGAAUUUGUGGAGAUCUUCUCCCUUCUCCCACUAGAGGAAUACUUAGACUUGAAGGAGGAGGAUAAAAAAGAUUCCAAGAAGGAAGAGGAAGAAAAACGGCGACGGUAUAGAAAAAUCCCUAAAACUUUCGGGAAUUGGCUGCGAGCCUUUUGCAGAUUGGCGAGUGUCCUGGGUGAGAAGGCGCCUGAGAAAUGCUCUCAGCUAUUCUGUUAUCUGGACGGUGUGUGGGAGUCAUAUCGCACUUAUGGGGGAUUGGCCUGGUGGCGGUAUGAUGAACAGUUCCGUCAGAGGUUAUCGGCUAAUCCGGGAAUGCGGUGGGAUCAGAUGGACCUGCCAUUAUGGAUGAAGCUGAUGAUGGCGCAGAAGGCAGCUCCCUUUCAGGGGGGGGGGGCGGCGCCGGUCCCUCUUCCACCUCGUCGGCUGCUCAAAGGAAGGGAUUCUGCUGGCUCUUUAAUGAAGGCCAAUGUAAGUGGGGCUCCGCAUGCCGUUUUAGGCAUGAAUGCUCCGGAUGCGGUGGGGGGCAUGGUUACAACCGGUGUUUUAAGCGGGGUAAGCCCGCGGCAACAGGAAACGCCGGCGGUGCGUCAGCACCAUCCGCUUCCUCUGGGGUCCUCGCCAGUUAAGGUAGACGCGAUGCUCCCAUGGCUAAGCAGGUACGGUAAUCGGGAGGAUGCCCGAUUAUUGCUAGAAGGGUUCAUGCAGGGUUUUAUCAUACCAUUCCGGAAACGGGUGGUGGUUCCUCGUUUCCGUAACCUGCGCUCUGUGGGCGAACACCAUGACGUAGUAUGGGAGAAAUUGCUUCAUGAGGUUCGCCUGGGGCGGAUGGCGGGGCCGUAUGGGGAGCCGCCUCUGCCAGAUCUUAGGGUUUCUCCUUUAGGUGUGGUGCCCAAGAAGGAGAAGGGGAAAUUUCGCCUUAUCCACCACUUGUCGUACCCGAAAGGGUCAUCAGUCAAUGAUGACAUUGACGGGGCUCUUUGUUCUGUUUCGUAUGCAUCAUUGCAGUCCUUGUUGGGGCGGUUGAAUUUUGCAUGUCGCAUUAUUCCGGUGGAAAGGGUAUUCAACCGGUUCCUAGCUAAGGCCACUGCGGGAGUACGGUCCCCUCAUCACUUUAUCAGGGUCACAGCCCCGAUGAGGGAGGAUUUGGGGGUAUGGGAGACCUUCCUGAAGGUAUUCUUUAGGGAUAAAAGUAUUGAAUCACCCGAGUUGGAACUUUUUACCGACGUGUCAGGAAGCGUGGGUUUUGGGGCUUACUUUGCUGGUCAUUGGUGUGCGGAGAAGUGGCCCGAACAUUGGGCAGCCAGCCCACUUAUUCGGAACUUGGCCUUUCUCGAGUUAUUCCCAUUGGUAGUAGCGCUCUCAUUGUGGGGCCAAGUCUUUCGCGAUAGGAGAGUGAUCUUCUUUACGGACAAUAUGGCCGUAGUGGAGGCUGUGAAUAAUCUUUCGGAUUCAUCGGUCCCAGUGAUUUGACUCCUUCGUAGGUUUGUUUUGUAUUGCAUGCAGUGGAAUAUUGUUUUUCGUGCACGUCAUGUACCGGGAUUCUUGAACGUAAUUGCUGAUUCGCUUUCUCGCUUUCAGUGGGAAAAAUUUCGGUUGGAGGCUCCGAACGCACAAAUGGAGGGUCUGUCAUGUCUGGAUCACAUGUGGCGGCUCGGGACCUCUUGCUUGGAGGACUGAUCAGGGAUUCGUUGGCUCCGGGCACGUGGGCGGCGUAUAGUAAAGUAUGGAAAAGUUGGGACGAAGCUUUGGGCUGUACGGGGGAUCAGGUUUCCGCAGAGGUACGUCUCGAUACGCUAUUAUGGUUGCUUUGCCGCUUAUUCACGGCAGGGGCUUCUCCGGCGGUGGUCGGCUGAACCUUGCAGCGUUGGCGUUCCUCUUCAAGCUCAAUGGGUGGGAGGAUUCGACGAAGUCCUUUGUAGUAAGGCAGGCAGUGAAGGGUUAUCGUAAGGGUAAGUUGGAACCUGACACUAGGAGACCGGUGUCUUUUGCCUUGCUUCAACAACUGUUGGGAGUCCUGCCAGGUUUAUGUUUCUCCUCGUUCGAGGUUUUGUUAUUUACGGUUGCUUUUGUAUGGGCCUUUUUCGGGGCUUUUCGGGUGAGUGAAACUGUAAGUGGCAGCAGAGUUAGGCAAGGUGGUCUUCAGUUCGCGGACGUGGAAUUGGGGGUAGAGCAGGUAGCCAUUCGAUUACGGCGCUCGAAGACAGAUGUCUUUGGGAAAGGUUGUACAGUUAAAUUAUUUUCACUACCUCAGGUUGCGGCUUGCCCGGUGAGCAGUGCUCGCCGAUAUAUGGAGAUCCGUCCAAAGGGUCAGGGUUCGUUUUUUCGGCAUGCGGACGGUUCGGCGAUGUCUAAGUUUCAGUUUACCAGGGUCUUUAAGCUGAGUUUGGAACGCCUGGGUCUGGAUCCCACGCAGUUUGGCACCCACUCGUUUAGGAUUGGGGCUGCCACGGAGGCAGCGAGGUUGGGUCUAGGUGACGAUUUAGUUAAAAAGAUUGGGAGAUGGGAAUCGCUCAGGUUCCGCUCUUAUGUCUGGCCGGAUCGGUUAGUGUAAUUCAGGUUUGAUGUUAUGGGGUACACGAUACGACGGCCCGGUGGUUAUAAGUUAUUUCUUUCAUUUUCAGGUGGAGUCGCAUGGAUAGUAGGCCAUUCCUAUGUCUACUGGGCGGAACGGAGAGCUGCAGUUCGGAGACAAGGCACGCAGCUGGGCUUUCCGACGGAUGUUUUACGAUUGUUAUGGUUUGGUUUCCGGGGUUUUGGUUGGAGAGACAUAUGUUUAGAAUUAUUUCGGAAGAUUGGUCAGGGGGAGGUUCCCGAAUUCAUAUUGUUACACGCUGGGGGGAAUGAUUUUGGUCUGGUACCACAAAGGGAAUUAGUACGUUGUAUAAAGAGGGACGUGGAUAAGUUGAGGUCCUUACUUCCCGGGGUGGUUAUUGUAUGGUCGGAAACUAUACCGCGUUUCCAUUGGCGUCAUGCGCGGGAUUUUUCAGCUAUGGCGAGAUGUAGACGCAAGUUUAAUAAGUUGGUGGCGAUUUUUAUCAAAAGGUCUGGUGGGGUAGAAAUCAGACAUAGGGAGCUGGAGGAUAUGUUGCCGGGAUAUUUCAGGCGUGAUGGCGUGCAUCUUUCCGGAGUAGGUCUAGAUUUUCUCAACUUGGGCUUCCAGGACGGCUUGAGACAGGCUUUGUUUAUUCGGAGUGGGGGCGCCCAGGUGGCUUGAGGUGGUCAAGCUCUGUGCUGUGGCGGGGGAUGGAUUAGGUUAAUUGGGGGGUAGGCCGGUUUUUGGUAAGUGGGAUAGGUCAGGAGGAAUACUUACCUUUGGAUUUGGUGGUAGGUUCGAGCUCGUCGGUAGCUCCGAACCUGGGGGUGUAGGGGUGUCUCUGUAUGCCCCUACACUGGAAAUGGAUGCCCUUGGUGGCUGGGAUAAUGGUGUAGGGGUGUCUUGGUAUGCCCCUACAGUGGAAAGGGAUGCCCUUGGUGGCUGUGAUAAUGGCGUAGGGGUGUCUUGGUGUGCCCCUGUGACGAAGUGCCCUUCGCCACUUGUGCCUGGAGAGGACUGCUUGCCCGCCUCUUGCCCUGUGACUAUGGCCCCUGGGAUGUAUUGCCCUUUAAAGACAUGAUUUGGGCAUAAUGGAUUUGUGUUGUGCUGCUGCUGGCCCUUUAAGAACCAUCUGGGGACAUACUGUGGAUUUACUGGGUGGCCACCAUUUCCUGUAUCAGAAGCACAUGGUGAGAACAAUGGAUGGCGGCCAUUUUAACUCACAGACACUGUUUGGACUUUUCAACACGGUGCCAUCUCGCCAGUAUUUGGUGCACAGAGACAUCGUGCAGUGGUUUUGGACUAUACAGCAGGGGUUAUUUGGACUAUACAGUUAUGGGGUUAUUGCAUGUUUUGGGGUCCCUGUGAUGUAUAUUUUAGAAGUUAUGAAUGCUGUAAAAAUUGUAAUGUUUCUGGCCAGCAGAUAAUUGAGCUUUGUGUAUUGUAGAAACUCAAUUAUCUAGCCUGGCCCAGAGGAGGAGUUUUGUGUUGCAUAAAUUGUGAGUUCUGUGUGCCAGUAAAUCAGUCUUGUUCCAGCAUUAAGCCUUGGCUCAUGUUUGGGGGAAGGGAUACCUACACUCUGGGGAUUGCUAUAAUCACUUACUCCCCAGAGGAAGCUCUUGCAAUAGCUUGAUUUGUUCCUGUUCCUGCUCUCUGGGGAAAGAGAGGUUCACCCACUGGAAGCUGGAUCCUGGCCUUGGGUCCAGGGUGGGUGGAAACAGCAGAGACCCCGGCGCAGUUGCAUCGCUGGAAGUAGGGUCUGCAGUGCUGAUGGUGUCGGUUGGAGUGCUUGGAGUCCUCAGCGAGGACUAGGAGCAUCGAUUGGCGGAGGUACUCAGUCGGAGUGCCAGCGUUCCGUCACAUUUGGUGGCAGCGGCGGGAUGGCGUCCUAGUGCGAGGACCAGCAGUUCAGAGACACCGGUAACGUGUGGAGUUACGGAUUUAUAAUUGAGGGCAACGCUAGCCUCUGCGCAGCGUCCCUACCUACAGCAACAUGGAGCUAGCAAGACCCUGAACAGCAGCCAGUGAAUUGCAAAUCCGCCUGUCACAGUGCUAUGAGGGUGCUGAUUUCAUGAAGGAAGUAAAGGCGCGGCUGGUCUGGUUUGGCCCAAACCCUUCAGAUGAGGUGGUCCAUCAAGUGAUGCGCCUGUUGAGUGCUGAGAACCAAGACGCACGGAACUACGAGUACCAACUGUGGAGUUUGGGGGUAUUGACACCCCGUCUCCAGCGACAGAGUGAGUUACAGGGAGAGGAGAGCAGUGACCUCCCUUCCCAGCGGCAGUGCACCAUACAGAGGGAAGAGACAACCGGUCUCUCUCCCCAGCGGCGGCCUGAGUUCCAGGAGGAGGUGAUGGUAGAUCCCUCCCCCGUACAGCAACCAGCGUACUGGGGAGGGGAGGCAACCGGCCUCCCUCUCCAACAGCAGCCGGAGGUGGGCGACCUCAUAGACUUGUCCUGGGGACACAGAGAGAUGGCAAGCGGAGAUGGGACCGAAGUCUCUCUGCCAGCCCUACAGGGAUGCUGGGCAGUCAGCCCAGGUCCCCAGCGGCAGUAUAAUAUACAGGGAGAGGAGACAACUGGUCUCUCUCCCCAGCGGCGGCCUGAGUUCCAGGAGGAGGUGAUGGUCGAUCCCUCCACCUUACAGCAACCAGCGUCCUGGGGUGUGGGGGCAACCAGCCUCCCCCUCCAACAGCAGCCAGAGAUACCGGGAGAGGGGGAAGACAAACCUAACCACACUGGCGCAGAUGGGACCGCGGUCUCUGUGCCAGUCCUACAGGGAGGCUGGACGGGCGGUCCAGAUCCCCAACCAACCCCGCAGGGAUGCCAGGAGGAGGAGGUAAGCGAAACUUCCCCUCCCCAGCUACAUCCCAACUGGGUCCAGGGGGCAGUGGAUGAGCCUGCGAUACCCACUGACCCCCUCCCAGCAGAAGAGCUGGCAUCUGGGCACAGCUCUGUUAGCCUCUGCCCCCCCUUUUCCCCGGUAUCAGAGCCUGACUUACCACGGGUUACCCCAGUGGAAGAGCUGGCAGCAGGGCAGAGCACCGCUGGCCUCUGCCCCCCAAGCAACACCAGCAGUUUGCCUAGCUGCACCAGGGCGACCGAGAGUGCUGCGCUGUCCCACUACAAACUUGAACCUACAGGCCAGUACCAUUUAUUGUGGGGGGGUUACUCUGCGUAUUUUUCUUUGUGGGUGGGCUGCCCGACUAAUCUAGGUACUGACAUACUGUGGAGUUACUGGGUGGCCACCAUUUCCUGUAUCAGAAGCACAUGGUGAGAACAAUGGAUGGCGGCCAUUUUAACUCACAGACACUGUUUGGACUUUUCAACACGGUGCCAUCUCGCCAGUAUUUGGUGCACAGAGACAUUGUGCAGUGGUUUUGGACUAUACAGCAGGGGACACAUUAUACAGUAAUUGUUUUUCAUUUAGCCUGUAUAUGUUCUGCAGAAUCUGCAUUAAACUGUAUUUUCCAAAGUACUGAACGGAUCUGGGUGAAUUUUGGAUAUGUGGUUCACCCAGAUCCCCGGUUCCAAGGAUAUACUUUUUAUGGGGUUAUUGCAUGUUUUGGGGUCCCUGUGAUGUAUAUUUUAGAAGUUAUGAAUGCUGUAAAAAUUGUAAUGUUUCUGGCCAGCAGAUAAUUGAGCUUUGUGUAUUGUAGAAACUCAAUUAUCUAGCCUGGCCCAGAGGAGGAGUUUUGUGUUGCAUAAAUUGUGAGUUCUGUGUGCCAGUAAAUCAGUCUUGUUCCAGCAUUAAGCCUUGGCUCAUGUUUGGGGGAAGGGAUACCUACACUCUGGGGAUUGCUAUAAUCACUUACUCCCCAGAGGAAGCUCUUGCAAUAGCUUGAUUUGUUCCUGCUCUCUGGGGAAAGAGAGGUUCACCCACUGGAAGCUGGAUCCUGGCCUUGGGUCCAGGGUGGGUGGAAACAGCAGAGACCCCGGCGCAGUUGCAUCGCUGGAAGUGGGGUCUGCAGUGCUGAUGGUGUCGGUUGGAGUGCUUGGAGUCCUCAGCGAGCACUAGGAGCAUCGAUUGGCGGAGGUACUCAGUCGGAGUGCCAGCGUUCCGUCACAGCCCCUACAAUUGGAAAUGGAUGCCCUGGGUGGCUAUGUUAAUGUUUAUGUUAUUUAUACUAUGUUAUAUGGUUAUAUGGAUGUAUUCUGUAAAAUGGUUUAGGUCAUUGUCUUGGUGUAAAGUUAUGUUAAUUGGGGGGAUGUCUUCCUAAUCGUUGUUGACAAUGACCUUUUAAAUUUAUAUUUUAUUAUUUAUAUAUUUAAUAAAGCCGUGGAAUAUUUUGCCAAAAUUCAUGUGUCUGUAAUUCUUGAAGGUCUCUAAUUGGUUAUAACAGGAAUAGGCCAAAAGGACGAUGAUGCGCAUGUCAUGUAGCUUCUCCCUAUUUCCUGUUGCCACUGACAAAACUCUGAAUCAUGAACUAAAUGGCUCUUCCAUUGCCAGUUUUGUGUUGUUUUGUGAUGUGUCCAUGUGAAUUUAGGAGCUGUAAAUCAUCAAUUACCCAAAAAUUUGGACAAAUUGCAUUUAAAACCAAAUUCACAAGUUUAACAUAUUUACAAGACUUUUGGUUCCGAAAGUCUCACUGAGAAUUAUGGCAGUUGCAGUUCUAACCAUCUGAAAUGUACUUGGUUUACAGAUCUUUUUUUAAUUAUUAUUAAUAUUUUCUUCUUUAUUUGUUUCUUACAUUUCACAUACAAAAAUGCCAAAGAUAAAUACAUCUUAUUUAUAUGAAGGUCACAACAAUACACAAUAACAACAUACAAAAGAGACAUGUAUCAGAUGUCAGUGUCAGGAGGAGUAACAAUACUCAGCGCUCCACCAGGAAAUCUAAGAAAUAAAAAAUGUAAAAACAGCAGGGUAUAGCAAAAGGUGAGAACCAAAAUAGAGCAUAUAAUACUAUAUUAUACAAAAUCUUAUAUCUUUUCUGAUUAACACAAAAUACUGAAGCAAUUACUCUUUCCAUCAUAUAUUGAGACUUAAUAGCAUGCUUUAUUUGUGGCCAAGUUUCAAACAAAGAUGGAUUUCAUUUCUUGGCAAUUUACGUUUUAAAAGCCAUUAAAGGGACACUAUAAUCACCAGAACAACUACCGUGUAUUGUUUUUGUUCUGAUGAGUAGAAUGAGUCCCUUCAGGCUUUUUGCCUCUUCUGAGAAAAUUUAGUGUUUACAUUGUAGCCUAGUAGUGAUACCUCCAGUGGCCACUCCUCAGAUGACUACUAGAGGUUCUUACUGGGGCAAUGUCAGUGUCUCCACCCUCUGCAUGGAGAUACUGAACUUUACUCACAGAGAUUCAUUGAUUGAAUUAAUCUCUAUGAGGAGAUGCUGAUUGACCCAGGCUAUGUUUGACUUGUGCUGGCUCUGCCCCUGAUCUGUCUCUUUGGCAGUCUCAGCCAAUCCUAUGGGAAAGCAUUGUGAUUGGUUCAGAGAAUCACUUCUGAUGAUAGAAAAGCUGGCAGAUCUGGGGCAGAGGCAGCAGCUGCAAACUUGAAUACAUGUAAGAUUUUACUAUAUUUAGGAAGGCAAGGGGAGCCAGGGGGCUAGAUUGUGGUUUUAACACGACAGGGUCAGGAAUACAUGUUUGUGUUGCUGACCCUAUAGUGUUCCUUUAAGGCAUGAAUCAGGGACCGAGCACUUUGUUUAAAAAUAAUAUUUUCCAACUUGAUUUAACGGAGACAAUCCCAACAAAUUUGCUUUUCAUCUUCAUUAAUUGACACACAUCUCCAGCAUAAAUGAGUCUCGAGAGAACAUUUUUGACAAUUUUAAAGGUGAGACUUUAUAUUUAAAUAGUGGACCAUAGAAUAGACUGUUUGCAAAGCAUUCAUACCUUUGAUAUCAAUCACUAUAUGUAGAUCUCUUCCCUAAAACAUUUUUGUACUGGGAAUAACCAGGCUCCUUAUAGAUCGAAUUACAGCUACACAACUAGACAAUACGUUUAAGUCCUUCUCUUCAUUGAGAAUGGAGUUUAAUUUUUUAAUUGGGGCAGACUGAUUUACCCAGCACAAUGAGGUGGACAAAAAAAAAACAUAAUUCUUAUACAAAAAAAAUCUUCUCCCUAGAUAGAUUCAAUUCUUGUAAAUUUUGAGAAGUUUCAAAUCCAGGCUCAUUCAAUAGGGUUGAAAUUUUUGUAAUACCAGUGCACAACCAUGUUCUUAAAUCCAAAGUCUCAAUUAUUCUCAUCAAAUAUUUGAAGGGCAGAAAUGGCACACCCUUAUACUAUAUUCUUCCAUUUUGCACCAACCCUGUGAUUUAUAAUUUUCUGAAUGCAUGUUUAACACAUGUAUCAGAAGAGCUGCUGAUAUAAAAUAUACAAAAGAUUUGGGAACCGUAUUCCUCCCUAUUUCUUAUUUAAAUAUAGAAGAUUUAUACCUAUCCUUGUUUUUUUCCACAACCAAAAAUAUUUAAUAAAAUAUUUACCAACUUUAAACAUGGAAUAGGUACAUCUAGAGCAGACCUGCACAACAUACACCUCCAUGUGCCGCUUGCUGCCCACCAAAGCAUUUCAGGUGGUCAGUGAGGACAGGACUGGCACUACCAUAAGGCUGCAUUUGGUUGCCCCGGCCUAGGGGAUGAAGGAUCUGUUUGACCAGCAGGAGCGGAGCGCACUCCACAGCACUCUCCUCCAGCCAGUCACAGCAUGUAGCGUGGCCACGCAGACUGUGGUAGAGGAGCUUCUGUAAACUCUCCCCAGUCUGACAGGAAGUGCUUACAGGGAACGCCGAACUGCUUCCUGUCUGACCAGGGAGAGGUUACAGAAGCUACUCUACCCAAGUUCAUGGCUCUGUCAUGCUACACCUGAGGGAGGUGAGCUGGCACAGGGGGUGAGAACCCACAAGUGGGGCAAAAGAGACAGACAGGGGCUAAGGAGGGGCACAAAGAGAUACGGAGGGGUUAAAGAAGGGGCAAAAGGAAUAGACAGGGGCUGGAUGGGACUCAGAGGGGUUGGGAAAGGGGCAAAAAAGACAGACAUGAGCUUGGGUGGACACAGAGAGAGCGCAGUGGGAUUGGGGAAGGGCCAAAAAAGACAGAUGGGGCUUGGGGAACGGCACACAGAGACACAGAGGGGAUGGGAAGGGGGCAAAAGAGACCGACAGGAGUUUGAGGGGUGCACAGAGUGACACAGAGGGAUUAGGGAGGGGCAAAAGAGACAGCCAUGGACUAGGGAAAGGGAAAAGAGACAGACAGGGACUGGAAAUUUGAGAAAGAGACACACUAAAGAGCUUGGGGGAAAAAGAGACAUACAGGGUUGAGGAGAGACACCCAGAAGGCUUUAGGAGGAGGGGGAGACAAAGAGACGGAGAGGGACUGGGGGAAGAGAUACACACAUCGGUUGUGAAGGAAAUGAAUAGAAAUACAAAAGGGUUUGGAGGAGAAAGAAAUGCACAGAAAGGCUGGGGGGAGACACAGAGGGACAGGUGAAGGGGCAAAAAUAGAUAGACAGGGACUGGUAAAGGGGCAAAAGACAUAGACAUGGGCUGGGGAAGGGAAAAAGAGACAGACAUGAGCUGGGGGGAAACAAAGAGACAGUGGGGCAGAUAUUUUGAAAACAUUGGUUUCAAACAUGAUUCCUGAGUCCGGUCAACUGAUUGUUGACAAGAAGUGUAAUACGUCCCAUUAACAGUAAGAAAAACCUGAAAAAUUUAUUCAAACUUGUACCGCUUAGCAAAGUAAUUUUUAUAAUAUGGUUUAUUUGCAAAAAAGUUUAAUCAUUAACUAUACCUUUACUUGUAAAGUGAGGCGCAAAAAAACGAACUGCAGUCUGAAGAAGUUUAGCCUAUUUUAAUUUUGUCCCCUUACUACUGCCAGGUUGUGCAUGUCUGUUCUAGAGUAAUCAUCCUUAAUAGGUAUAUAAAGCCAAUAAGUGAUUAGUCUCCCUUAACAAGGGGAAGAAAUUAGCCCCCAUUAAUUUAUUAGGGUGUGAUGGUUUACAGAUCUUGCACAAUACUUUUUGCACUCUACAUGCACACAAAGUAGGUGGCACAUUUCAUAUCCACUGCUUUUACUUGAACUCAUAUUUAGCUCCAAUGUUGCCGCAUGUCAUGUUGUCAGCAACGUAACAUAGUAAAGUAAGUUGAAGAAAAAUCCACCCCCAUCAAGCUCAGCCUUUCACAUAUCUUUUUCUACAGUAAGCAAUCACUAUCAUAUUACAGAUAGACAAUAGAAGAAAUAUUUAUUACAUUUAUUUACUAUACAGUACAUUGUGGUAUACUGAAAACCCGUACGGGUAGGACCAGUCUGAUAUGCUUCAGUUAUGUUCUCUGUAUUGGCACAAGAUGAGCUAAAACCAGCUCGAGAUCUGAGCAGGGACCCACCGAAGGGCAGGCUAGUUGAGCUGUUGUCCGUUCUCACCUCUUGCUACUUCUUUUUCUCUCCUUAAGUUUAAAGGGCAAUCCAGACGUGAACCCCUUGCUCACGGUGCCUAGAGGGAUAUUGGCUAUACCUCACUGAUGACACAUCUCCAUUAAACGAUUGAAACGAUUGUCUGGGUUUGCUGUAUCUCUCGUGCAAAGGGAACUUGCUGACAUUUCGGAUUUGGCUGCCCGUAUGGGUGGGACCAGUCUAAUAUGUUCUCUGUGUAAUGGGACAAGUGAGCAAAAACUGUUUUGAGACCUGAGCGGGGAUUUACCGAAGGGGAUUUGUUCUCCGAGUUCUCAUUCUAAAGGUUUAAGCUCGAACUGCCAAGUUUUAAAAAGCCUUAUUUUUCAAAGUGCUAUUAGCAAUUUAAAAAAAAAAAAUCUUUUGUGUGUGAUAGAAGCAAAUUAUUACAUCCUAAUUCAGAGCAUACUCAAUAUUAAAGCAGGUUGUACCCUGCUUUACAAUAAUAGCUCUUCGGCUCUGUGGGAACUCGCUUCCUUCCUCCGAUAGAUGCUCACCCAGUCUCCACUCAAAAACCCACUUCUUCAUUAAGGCGAAUCAAUUAAACUGUUAAUAGCUCCCGACUGAUUCCUCUCUUGCAACUGUCAUUAGUCUAAUACUAUACUUACCUUUUGUGUCACCUUACCCCACUCCCUCUAGCAUGUAAGCUCAUUGAGCAGGGCCCUCAACCCCUCUGUUCCUGUGUGUCCAACUUGUCUGGUUACAACUACAUGUCCAUUCGUCCACCCAUUGUAAAGCGCUGCGGAAUUUGAUGGCGCUAUAUAAAUAAUAAUAAUAAUAAUAACAUAAUAAUAAUAAUAAUAAUAAUGUCAACUCUGACUGUCUGAGUAAAGGCUGUUGAUACCAGUCGUACAGCAAAGUUCUGUAAAUUCUACCACUGAAUCAUUUUGUCUGAAAUCAGUACAGGGGACUCACAUGAACCUCACGCAUGCUUAAAACUGUCUAUCUGUAUAAACAUACGCUUGCACAUCUACUUCUGUCUUUGUUUAUCCAUGCAUAUGUCUGUUUGCAAAUCUCUUUAUGUAUCCUUCUAUCUAUCCAUCCAAUACUACCAGUCUGCCUGUUUUGCUUCAUUCAGUGGUCUUUAAUAUUUCGGUCUUCAUAGUGAACAAUGAAUUUAGUAAAGUUUCCACCAGGUGGUGCUGGUAAUGUGUAUGCUUCCUAACUUGUCACAGCCCCCUUUUCAAUGACUGGAACAAACCUCACAAAAUUUAAAAGGCUUUAGAGCACAGAAUGUCUUCAGCUGUGUGGUUCUGUGUGCUUAGUUGAGCUGUGCAAGACAUUUGGACUCUUAUAUCUUCUGGAUUUGUAAAUCACAAAGGCUUUUGAUUUCUGCAACCAAAUCCUGUAUCCAUUAAUUUCUUAAAGAAAAUGAAAAAUCCCCUUGUCCUGUUAUGGUCCUUCAAUUUUUUUGGAUUUUCCUAUGGGACUGGAUUCAUGUACCAAUUCCCAGCAUCCAGUCUGCAACACAAUUAUCCUGAUCAGAACGCAGCGUCUGCCGCCAACAGCUUUCAAAACCGUCGGUGAGUAAAGCUAUUAUCAAAACAUGCAUUUAUUAUAAUUCAAUAUGGUAGCUAAUAGAUAAUAAAAUUCCAAGUACAAUUUUUUUUUUUUUUUUUUUUAAACACAAAAAACAAACCGUUGUUUUGUUUUAUUUAAAAAUAUAUUAAUGUGCCUAUUCUACUGUAUUUUGUGUAACAAACAGCGUUCCAAAAAAUAAACAAGACAUCUUGUUCCAAACGUGUGUUUUCUCAUUGAAUGUGGUAACUUAUAUCUGACACUGGAUCAUAACAUAGUUGUAGUUGGGAAUUGGAGUCCUGUGCAAUUACUAGUUAUCAAGCAUCUCCAAGCUUCCCGGUUGAGUAUUUAUUUAUUACUGAUAUUUUCUGCAGCGCUGUACAAUUCCGUUAGAACGUACAAUAUACAUAGACAAAUUCAACAGGUAGAGAGGGCCCUGCCUGUAAGCUGAGAUCUAGCCAUUGAAGCUCUUUUAUGGAAAGCUAGAUAGCCUGUGAGCUUACAAUCUAGAGGAUAUAAUGGGGAUUUGAGACAAGAGGUAGCAGGGGGAGUUUGGAAGUGAUGGCUAAAAGAAGUUAACAGAACGUACUCAUUGAUGUUAAGGACUUGUCACACGCAUGCAGCUCAUGUGAAUGCCACUGACUCCAAGUUGCUCAUUGAUUGACUUGGGAAUAUUUUAAAUUUGUUUUGCACUGAACUUUCUGAAAUCCAAGACUUGCCCAGGAUGCCGUGAUUACGCACUCCGAGUUAGGUCAUAUUGUCACUUGACUUUAUGUAAGUGUAUGUCCAAGCUGAAAAUCUAUUAGAAUAUCAAUAUUAAUAUCAUUAUCAAUAAAUAACAAUGGAUUGCAUUAAAAAAUAUUUUCCUGUUUAUUACCAUAUAGAACAAUAAAAUGCAUCAUGAUGCUUCUAUUAAAUAUAUUAAUUCUUAGCUACAUAUUAUUCACUUUUAAGGCUCAAUGAAGGAAUAGGGGAUUACUGUAAAAUCAUGCUGAAAAUGAGAGACUGAGCAAGCAAUUGGUGGAAUUUGCUUAAUUUAACCAAUCCCCACCUAGAUUUAAAUUGUAUCUCAUGAUUGAUGUACAUAGAUUUUAAUUAGUUACUAAUGGUUAUGCUGUGUGCUGAUUUUAGAGAUUUCAAAAAAAAAAAAUACCACUUACAGCGAUAAUUUCUAAUUAUGGAUUAGCAUAUUCAUUGGUUCUAAUUUAAUUACACUUAUAUAGCUGGACUUGAUUAUAAUUAGCAAGAUUGAACUGAUAACUUUUACAAAUACAUUUCAAGUGUUUGAUCUACAUAGAAUGCCCUGUAGAGGGCAGUGUUGGUCUGGAAUGCACAUAAAUGUCUUCGGAAUCUUUUAAGGUUUUUUUUUUUUCUUUUUUUUUUCAAUCAGUGUUUUCACUUGAGAGUUAAGUGACACUAGGCAUUUAUACAGUGAUGCUAUGCAGCAAUUCUAUGUCAUAUGUAAUGUUGUUGUAACAUACUGUAUGUAAAAGCAAAUGUUAGGGUAAAUGUUAGGUCACGGGCGUUGCUAGGUUCCAGAAAUACCUGGGGCUUGAGCCCAAAGGAAUACUCAAUGAGCACUUUUAUAAUGGAGAUAUGUCAUGUCCCGGGCCUCUCUAGCCAUGAUGUUUAAUUAAAAAUAAUAUAUAUUUUAAAAAAACAUUAUCCUCCUGCCCCCGUCCACCAACUGUAAAGAUUAGUUGCUAAAGAGUCCUGUAUCCGGGGCUUCAGUCCCGAAAGUAAGUAGUCAAACUGUUUUAGGUCAAAGCCUAAUGUGUGCGGGGUGCUGCCCUCCGCCUCUACUACCUCAGCCAGAGAGCCGGAAGCUCUUGAUGUGCUUAGCUGAGGUAGUGGAAGGGGGGUCGCAGUGCCUGGCAGAACCCAUGUAAGAAUUCAGGCAUUUUAAAUGGUUUGACUACUUACAAGGGGGGUGGCCAGGAGACUCUACAUGCUGCAGUGGUGAUGGUAGUUGAAGUGUUUCUUCAAAUUGCAAAACUUAGCGAAAAUAGCAAAUACGGCCAGUGGAGAGAAACCUAUAAAAUAGAAAUGUUUUUGUUUUAGCUUUGUAUAUGAUUUUCUAAACGGUUUAUUAUCAUUCUCUUAUUUAUUUAUACUAGAUAAAAAUGAACUGGUACUAAAGUUAUUUUCUCUACACAUCUAACGUGUGAAUUGUAUUCUAUAACCGCUAGAACUCUUGGAACUUUGCUGCUGGAACAUAUCAUCUGCAGUGGCUUCAAGUGUAAGCAUGUGUUCCUUAUAAAGUCACUAAGGAUGUGAGCAGUAUUUAAACAAUGGAUAAACAGUACUGUUUAUCAAGAGGUAAAAUUACCUUAGCAAAUACACAAUGUCUUCUGUGGAAACUCAACGAUGUGGACAUGUUGAGAUGGACUUUUGGCUUUCAGACAGUGUUAAUGCUUGCAGUCAGAAUUUAUGGUUGCCUGUUCAUUUUUUUUUGGCCAUCUAAGGACCAGGGGCUAUGCAAACUCAGUUUCUUAUGACUCUAUGGCAUGUGUUUGGUCCUAGAAGAAAGUCAGUAGCUGCAAAUAAUAAGAAUGAACCACUAAAUACUUCUAUGCAAAAAGGCUGUUAUGGCUAGCGGUUCUUUCUGCAUAUUGGACCUUGUGCUGUUAAAACAAUAAAAUGGUAAAUUGCUGAAUUGCAUGCUAUCACCUAUGAAGUGUGUAUCACCGGCUUUCUCUCCAAUCUCAGUCUAAUUCAGGGUUGGAUAGUGAUCAAUAGUUAACCCCUUACCUUCACGUGUUAGACAUAUACAAUGAAGGCAGUCCUGACAUCAUCUGCUACGAAGAGGAUAAGCAUGGGUUUAUAUUGUCUAUGGCACUUAUUCUAUAAAUAUAUUAGAAUAUUAGAUCAAUCAAAAUAUAAAAAAUAGGGAGGUUCAAGAUUACCAGAUGUAUGUGGAAGUAGUCUACAGAUUUACUCGUAGACUAUGCGUACAAAGUUUACAAACUUUUUACAUGUGUUGUAUAAUUUCAUGUCCACAUUCCCAUGAUAACUACACAUAUUGCCCCUUUUACAAAUACUAAAUACAUUUGGAGAGGUAAGGGAUUAAGGUUUAAAAAUAUUUCAGGACACCCAUGGGACUCUCCAAUGAUCGGUAAACCCACAGGCCCAAGAUCCAGUUUCACGGUGUAGCGGGAUCCAUAGACACAUGGCACUGGCCCUCAUUAAGGCCGAGGGCCAACGUAGCGUGGAGGUGCGACACUGCAGACUAGCAGAAAAACUACAACAGACAACAAACAGUACAUUAUUGAAAUGGAAGGGGAUGUGGCGGUAGUGAGAUUGGCUCUGGACACUCCACUAUGGCCUGAACCUGGAGACUGCCAUUAUGCUAUGGCCUGCUUGUGGACUUGGAUCAUUCCUGUUUGGUUGUGUUUAAGCUUCCCUAUCUCGUUUGCUCUAUAUUCAUUACAGUUACAUGCAAUACAUUUAUGUGUUCUGUUUUGGUUUAGUAAUAUGCUGUAUAUCUCUUACUACCCAGUGGUCUCAUUAAAUAUUUUAGCUAUUCGGUAUAAACCUAGCCUGCUUAUAACAUACCCAUGUUUUACAUGCCUAGUUAACUUGACAUACUUAUGAUAAACCUUAGCCCCACCUGAAUGCUAGACAUGUCUGCCUUAGUCUGCUCUCGUUUAUUAUUAUUAUAAAAUGUGCUGUACUCUCGACUGCCCUUUACUGUUUAACUACGUAUACUCAUUCUCUUGCUACUUCUGUUGGGGCAUUGCAAGACUGUUUGUUCCUCUGAAACACAAUAAUAUAAAUCAAAAAGUAUAUUUCUGAAGGGGCCUAACAAAUACCCAUACAGCCAUUCUUAACAGCAAUACCUUCGUUGCCACACAUUUAAGAUGUAUUAUACAAACAAAAACAUGCCAUUUUCGAAAGUACUAUUGAUCUAGAAACUUAAUUAUGUUUUAAAUCAGCAGUAAAGACAAUCAUUCUCCUUUUAUUAAAUAAUAGAUUUGUGUCUGAGUAAAAGUUUUGGUUCUGUCAAAUUGAGUUUCAUACACGUUAAUUUCUGGUUAAUUUCGGCCAUGUGAUAGUUUGGGAAAACCGAUUCAUGUUAACGAAACUGUCCUAAAAAUUAAUUUAUUAGUGUUGAGCAAUGCAAAAAUGGGUAAAAUCUUGCCUAGCCUAGUGACUACACAAUAUUAGGCUCCCACUUCCACACAGACACAGUAAUGGUAAAACACACAGUCGCUGCUGGUCUGUCUCCGUCAAUAGCUAUGCAAAAAAGUCUGAAAGAGUCUUGCUUGGAAAUAUAGCUAUUUUACUCCUCCUACUCUUUUCCCUCUUUAGGUCACUUCUCACGUGAUCUAUGAAUACAAUAAACAUUUUGUGGCUGCCCUCCAACCAUCAAUCCUCCUGAUCGGACAAGAAAUGGAGCCCUAGUCAGGAGUCUUGUCAGAUUCUACUCCUUUCUAUUCCCCUUUUUCUGGAAUGGAACAGAACAAAUGAAACAUAUGAUUCAUCCAUUACCAAUUUAGUUUGUUUUGUGAUAUGUCCAUAUAUGGCGUUUCGGAGUUGCAGAAUUCGGACACUUGCUGAUCGCCUAAAAUUCACAUUGGAUUGUGAGUUGUUUAAAAAUUGAAUGGACAAGUCUAGUAAAUAAGUUAUAUAUUACUUUCAUUCUAAACAUAUAAUUACAUGAUCAAUUCACAAUGUUUUGUAAACAUUGUCUAAAGCCAUCUGACUGCACUGCAUGGAUAUGUAUGUCCUGCGGUGCACAAUUGUCUAUGAAUGGUAUUGUCUCUUUAUGAAAUAAAACAAGCCAUGGCAAUGUUGUGAAGCUGCACAUAAGUGUCCCCCCAAAGAAGAUGCCAAAUAACAUGAUCGUCAAUAUUUAUGAAUAUUAAAUCAGAAGCUCCACCUUGAUGUAGUUUCACUGCUUAAAUUAAAAAGAAAGAAAUUGUAGCAUGAGAUCUUCAGCAGCUGUCACUUUGUAACCAUAGAGCUUCUGAGAACAGAACCUCUGCAACAACCUCACCAGCUCAACAUUCAUUUUCAUCUUACAGUACUACCCUGGCUUGUAAAAUAACUACUACAUCUCUGGCUCCAUCACCAGUUUUCUCCCUGGUAACUCGGGUACAUUAACAAUAUAUUUAAUAUUAAACUCAGUACAUGUUCGUUCGUGAGGGACUCUGACAAGGGUGAGGUCACUAUAUGAGUCCUUUAGAAUGAAUGGGGCUGUAACUCGGGAAAUGCACAGAUGUUCAAUAAAUGAUUAUUAGCAAAGCGAAAAUAUUAGACUUUGAGAAUAAGCCCCCCAAUGUUGACAAAAACCAUUAAUUAAUUAAUAGCUUGCCCUUCAGUUACACCCAGCUUGAGUCUCAUAAUUUGCUUUUGCUCACUUGUGCCAUUACAGAGAAAACCUUAGCCUGUUGCAUUUAUCCGCAUAAGAAAUUGUUUCAACCUUCUUUGGGCCUCAUCAGUGAGCAUGGGGUUCUUGUCACAAUCAAUCUUUGAACUUAGGGACUUGCUAUAUCUCUCAUGGAGAGGGAGACUUCUUUCAUUAUUGGAUCUGAACAGCCCUUGUGGAUGGCAUCAGUCUGAAAUGCGGCAGGCUAAGAUGUACUUAACAGGGAUGCACUGAAGGGCAAGCUAUUUGAGCCUUCCAUUCAGUGUUAAGCCAUUUUUGAACAGUGUAACAGUGAAUGAGAGUUACUGGGCCCCAGUAUGGUCCCUAAUGGAGGUAUAGGUUUUUACACUUUUUCUAAGCCAUACCAAGUCACACCAUUAACGUGUUCUCAGCCAAUCCUUGAUGCUUAAGCUUAUACUUUCUCAUUCGGCAGAGCAGCACAAAGGGGAUGUGUUGCCAGGGACUCUAGUUUAGCAUUACCAUCCAAAAAUAGUUUAACACCGAAUGGAAGCAUGGUGCCAGGAGACUCUAGGCACACAAACCACUUAAUCUUAUUAAAGUUUCCUGCUAUUAAAAAAACACUCUGGGUAUUGACAUGGCGUGGUUUUGGUGCCCAGAGGCCACUGACGUCUUCUUAACUUUAAGUGUUUACUCAUUUUCGAAUAGGUUAACACUUAAAUGAAAUCCCCAAGGAACCAGUCUGGCUUCCUCUCCUUUGUACUAAGAUACAUACCCUUGAACUAUGCCAUUCACCUGGGGCCCCUGCCUCCCCAAGAGAGCAACACUCCAGCUACACAUCCUCAGAUACCAGGCUUAAACCAUCAGAUUGUGAAUUCUGAGGCUCAAUUUGAGGACUUGGAUCACCGUAUGGACUGCUUACCCUGCCUUCCAAAGUGACCAUGAUAACAACAAUUAUAUAUCCUCAGACACCUUUGCCAGUUUUUCUGUGAUACACAAAACAAGUAGGGACCAAAUCACCUUGCUCAACACUUUUAUGACUAUUUCCCAAUCCCAAAGCCUCACAGUAUGGGGACAUGGAGCAAAGGUUUUAAAAGUCCCUUUUUGGAAUUAGUUUUAUGUAGUAUUUUUAUUUCCAUUUUAAAUCUUUUCUUUCACCUGCUAUAUUAUCUGUUAACCUAUCUUUUGAGGGAAUACCAGCUGGAUGGAAAAACAUUGAUUAAAAACUCAUACUGGCUGUUAUUUUUGCAAGCCAGGCAUCUGUCAAUGACCCUUCAGAUUAAUUUCCUAUUUCCAUUAUAGUAAAUGCCUAGCUAUGUCACUCAACCAAAUCUGCUUCAUUGGAGGUUUGUUUUCUUUUGGAUCAUGUAAAUUUCAGAAGAACAAUUUUUUUAUUCUAGCUAUGAUGAUUCUGGCAUUCCAUAUCACAAAGGACAAAAUAUAUACAUUUUUUUAAAAUUUAUCUUGAGAAAUGCAGACACACUUUCAGAAUAGAAAAAGGUAUAAGAUAAAGAAAACAUGCAGAGCAAGGCAAUUCCCAUUAUAUUAGUGGAGGAUCUACUAAGGUAUAAGGAUUUUAUCUAAAGGAAGCCAAUGUAGAGGAUGACAAGCAAAAUAACUUCAAAAGACUGCAUAAGUAGUUUUAUGUGCACCACAACUGUUAGACAGUCAGAACCAUAGCAGCCAUUCCUUGGCGUAGAUCUGUCUGACAUUUUCCAUUAUGGAGAAAAACUUUUUUAUGCCUGCAAAGAGGUUUUGAAUAUCUAUUUUAUUUGAAGAUGACUCUGUGGGCUAGGGCAGCGUGCUCUUGAGACGUCUGUGGCAGGUCAGUAGCAUCCAUACCACUAUUCCUAGGAGUAGGCCUCAGAAAUAGUACACAAUGGACUUGGAGAUCUGUUUUGAUCUGGACUGCAAUUUGGGUUGAUCGGGUGAUCAGUCGAAUUUCUGAAUGCAGAUCCUAAAAGAAACCGAAUCACGAACCAAAUAAACCGUGCAAUAGCCGAACAUGUUCAUUUUGAUUUAUGAUUUCUAAUUCCGCUACUGGCGCCAAAAAAAAGAUGAUUGGUGGAAAAAAAGAUGAUUGAUGGUCACUAAAUGUUGAUUUUUUUCACAGAGCAAUACAAAGAAAAUAAUUUAUUUUUUUUUUAAUGCUUUUCCUGUUUUUCCCUCUAUUGGUUACUUUUUCUCACUUGAUCUGUAAACUAAAUUGUGUGAAAAUGCUCCUAUCAGUGUACUGUAAAAUAUCUGCAUAAUAUUAUAUUAUGCUUAUUUUUUGUAGUACACUGAUUGGCCCAACAAAAGUUUCUUACAAGUCUAGUCAGCACUGUAGACCUCAAGAUGUGUGUGAGCAUUUCCCAAAUAAACGUUGCUCUCGUGUUAGUUAUAGCCCAUAACUUGUGGGAUCUGGGACCCUUCAUGGAGACUUACAAAAGUUGCCAAAAUCACAGGGAGACCUGAUGGGCUAUAUCAGUGUUGCAGGCCAAUCACUCCUUGAGUAGGCCUAAAAUCACAGCCCUAGAUCAGAUAACCUGGUUGGUACAAAAAAAGUAAUUGAUCAAGAGCUGAGGUGGUGAGGACUCAAAUGGUGGUGGUAAUUAGCAAGAGAUAGAGGUGCUGCACUACGUCUAUCUAUAUUUCUAUAUAUUUAUUUAAUUUUUAUCUGACCAUAUUCCUUCCUUGAUGGAAAGCUGCAAUAAGUUUGACAUUUUGUUGGUUUCCAAAUCUUAUAUGAACCACUGUUUAUUUUAAUUUACAAUACUUCAUAAUUUUUCACAAACAUUAGUUAUGGUUUUAGCAACUCCUUACUUAUAAAUACCAAUACAUUAUUAUUAUUUUAUUAUUUAUAUAGUGCCAGCAAACUUCUGUAGCGCAGUACAAUGGGUGGACUAACAGACACGUAAUUGUUACCAGACAACUGGAUGCACAGGAACAGAGGGGUUGAGGGCCCAGCUCAAUGAGCUUACAUGCUGGAAGGAGUGGGGUAUAAUGACACAAAGGGUAUAAGCUGGGGGUGAUAAAAUAGGUUGUUAGAAAAGUAUUAACUGGGAACUUAGUAGGUUAUUUUUGACAGUUGCAGGAGAGGAGUUAUGGGGGGGGGAUGAGUAUGAAAAUCCAGUAACAGUUUUAAUUAUAUGCUUUCCUGAAGAAGUGUGUUUUCAAAGAUUGUUUAAAAAAGUGGAGACUGGGUUAAAGUCUAAGGGAAGGGAGUUCCACAGAAAAGGUGCAGUCUUGGAGGGUAGCAUCAGAUGUGGGAGUACAGACAUCGGAUAGACGUAGGUCUUCGGCAGAGUGCAGGGGCCUCAACGGGAGAUACUUGUGUAUUAGGGAGGAUAGAUAGGUUGGAGCAGCAUUAUGUAGGGACUUGUAAGCAAGCACCAGAAUCUUAAAUUGAGCCCUAUAUCUAACUGGAAGCCAAUGUAGGGACUGACAGAUGUGGGAGGCGUGGGAUGUGGAGGCGGACAGGAAAAUGAGCCUUGCCGUCGUGUUCAUAAUAUAUUGCAGUGGUGCAAUCUGGGAACACGUAAGACCACUGAGAAGGGGAUUGCAGUAGUCAAGAUGAGAAAGAACAAAGGCAUGGACCAGGACCAUAGCCGCAUCUGGUGUUAAGUAGGGGCGGAUGUGAGCAAUGUUUUUGAGAUGGAAGCGGCAGGAUUUGGCGAUCGACUGGACAUGAGGGGUGAAGGAGAGGUCGGAGUCAAAGAGAACAACUAGGCAGCGAGCCUACGAGGUAGAGGUGAUGGUGACACCGUUGACUUGCAGGGAGACAGACACGGGAGCAACACUUGAGGGAGGAAAGACCUGAAGUUCUGUUUUGGACAGGUUGAGUUUAAGGAAGUGAGCAGCCAUCCAAUUGGAAAUCGCGGAGAGGCAGUCAGAGACACGAGUCAAGAUGGGCGUCAGAGUCAGAGUGUAGGAGCGCAGCAUAAAUUUAUAGUGAAAAUAAAAUAUUAUUGAAUUCUUUCAAGUUUUCCCCAUUCAUAUUUUUGUUUUGUGUGGUCAGGUGAGAACCACCUUUACAGGCACAUGAAGAAGGAAAGAGCAUUAAUAGUGUCAAAAGAUUUGUUGUCUUGUCAGCACUUAAACCUCUUAAAUAUUUCAGUGUUAUUUUCUUAUUGCCUAAACCUAUUGAGAAAAGAAUAAGUUGGCAGAAAUAGUUGUAUUACUCCGUUAAACAUGAUGGAACAAUUGGAUUGUUUUGUCUAAUGGAGUCGAAUGGUUUGUUUUUUUUCUACGUUCAGUACACAUGGAGUCACUUAUGUAUAACUCACCAAUGUUUCUUAUGCACCUUUUGACCCAUUUUGGUAUAAAGCUCUAUGUAUGUUAUAUUUUGUUUUUUAUUAGUAUUUUAUUUAUUUAUUUUUAUUUAUUACACAUUGGUCAACUCAGUUUCAUGCAUGGUAUUUUGAUAACAGCACGUUUUUCAAAGCACAUUUAAUAUUAUUUUCUGUCACAGCUACACUACCCAACUUUCAAGCAUAAAUCAGGAAUAUGAACACAGAAAAGACGUAUUACUGAACCGUAGAAUGGCUGGGUUUAAUGUAAAAGAGAGAGCUAGCGUAAAUGUAAAACUAUCCAAGAUCAGGAACACAGAAAUACGGUAUAACUAGCCAGGUCUGGGUUACAGAGGUCAGGGGAGUCAGUAAACAGGCCAAAAUCAAACGCACUGUAUAAGAAACCAAGAAGAAGCCAUAACAGGGCAAUGACUAACUUUAUUUAAUAUCUGAGGUGAACACUGAUUGGUCCACGCCACCCAUACGACCCCAUAAAAUGUGGGAACGGGGUUGCAGUGAUGAUGUGGCACUAUCAUAACAGGAAAUUACACUAGGCGGCAUAUUAGUAUAAAUAGCGCGGUGCUUCAAAUGUGCAGCGUCCCUCACACUAUCACAUCCCAACUGGCGCGUUUAGGAAGUCUGAAUGCAAGCGCCUAUCAGGUGGCACAUCCAGGUCAAUGCAGAAAGCGCGUGCAGGAAGGCCAGAGCAGCGUGUUGAUCGAGUAAGUACCAUGACCCUUUCAAAAAGUGUCGCUGGCUGAACACUGCACCACUAUCUUCCUUUUUUAUUCUGAAAUAAAUUUGAGACCAUUUAUCUAGAUAUAUGCUGACAAUGAAGCAAUUCUAUAAUUGAAUAUAGGAACUGUUUAUGCCAUUUACGUAGAGUGUUACGGGAAACAUUGCUCAAACAAAUACAAGCCAUUAUCAUAUAACAAUUAAAGCUAAUAUAACAUAACAGUGACUCUAUUAUUUGGCCAUUGGAAAUAAAUACUUUACUUGGGAACUGGCAAUAUCCGACAGCAGAAGGAAAUAACCUUGUCAGCAAUGCCAGCUUUAGUUUCUCCGCUAGCAUUAUGACAAAUACACUGAAGUUGUAAGAAGUACGUAGUAUUUAUAAACUGUACGCGAUAAGAGGCAUACAUGAGCAAUGUGUGAAGGCAAUAAUCCAGCUGUACCUUUCUAGUAGGAAAUCCUUUUCCUCGCAGAUAGAAACACACAUGGAGUUUUAUGGCAUGACAAUGAAAUCAACUGUUCUAAAAUACCAAGACAUUCAGGUACAAGAGAUCGCACAGGAAAAAUAUAAAGAUGUUGGCGCUAAUGGUAAUUACGUUUUUUUUAAGGUGAUCACUGACAGCAUAUAAGACUAAAAUGGUUUAAGGACUGCUACGUGAUAAUAAAACUGGCAAUUUUCCUUCUCUGGGUAGUCCCAAAAACCUUUUCAAGGACAGUUUGGAAAAAAAUAAGAAAAAUAAAAUAAAAAUGUAAAAGAACGUUCAAGUCAAAGAGAAUUAAUGGGGCACUCCAGGCAUCAUACCAUGAGAGAUCUGGAACCCUGCAUUGUAAAUAGUAAAACCAUUUUUGAAUGGUUGGGUUCCUCUCCCCAUCUCCACUACUCCGGAAAGUCAGAUGUUCCUAGGCAUGAAUGUCUAUUAUCUCUCCUGAAGUAGGCAUAGUAGUGAACGGUUUAACUCAUUUGCUGGAGUGCAAAUGUAUAGCUUCUCCUAAAGUAUUUUUUUUCCUUUUAAAUCUGAUUUCUUCCAUAAGUUGUAAAUCUUUGGCAGCAGAAAAAUAAUUCCCAGGAAUUUGACCUUUACAUUUGAUUGACAAGGAAGAUCUCUCCAAAUGGUGGUUCUCCUGCUCUUUUUCACAAUAGCUACAAGACGUGCAGUAGUUGUUUUGCUCUUCCUAUCACUUGCUAUAAGAAGUGAGUUACAGUUAUCAUUCUGUUCUGAAAAAUAUGUGAUUGGAUGAAGCCAUCAGGUUGGCAUAUUGGGGAUGGUAUACCUUGUUUGUCCGAUCACGUCAGUAUCUGGUUUGAUGGUUAUUUUAGUGUAAAACCAUGAAGCACCAAUCAAGACAGUACCAGAGGUGUAUUUGUUAAAAUAUUUAAAUAGCAAAUGAAUACAUAAUUUAUCGCUAUGACAAAUUAUAUCUUCAUUUCUUAUGGGACUCAUGGCCCUUACAAUACAUCUGUUACGAUAAUAUGAUAAAUAUGCAUAUUCAGUUAAUUCACCAGCCACCCACACAUGCUGUGCUAAAAGGUUGCAUCAGGUCACCUAUACGUGCAGUACCAGCAGGUUUAAUGAACACUUUAUUUCAUAAUUGAUGUUUUAAGUCAGAUUACUUAAAAUAUGUACAUAUUACAAUGCACAAAACAAAAGGAACAUGAAUAGAAUAUUCAUAAGCAUUUAUUUCAGUCAAAAAAUCUUAUAGAUUUAUCCGGCUCCUGCAGACAACCCCCUCCCCCCCAAUACAGUAAAACUGCACAUUUUAGAGUGGCCUUUCAUUGUGGCCAGCCUAAGGCACACCUGUGCAAUAAUCACGCUGUCUAAUCAGCAUCUUGAUAUGUCACACCUGUGAGGUGGAUGGAUUAUCUCGGCAAAGGAGAAGUGCUCACUAACACAGAUUUAGACAGAUUUGUGAACAAUAUUUGAAAGGAAUAGGCCUUUUGUGUACAUAGAAAAAGUCUUAGAAAAAUGGAGGCAAAAACAAAAGUGUUGCAUUUAUAAUUUUGUCCAGUGUAUAUGAAUGGUAAAGUGACGCUAGAUCAGCUAGGACUUUGAUAUAUGUUCGAUUAACAAAUGGCUAACAACUGUCCCACUUUCAGUCAUGAUUUCAAGGUCCUGUCCCACCUUUGUGAUUUAGUUCCAUAGUGUCCCUCAUCUGUUUUUGGGACUCUUGUAGAGAAUGUAAAAAUCACACUGAUUGUUUCAGAACCUGACCUAAUGUGUUCAAGCUGCCUACACAUAGUAAAAAAAAUAAUAUAGGUUUAAAAAAGACUCAGGUCCAUCGAGUUCAAACUUUUAAACACAUUUUGUGUGGUUGAUCCAAAAGAAGGUAGAAAACACAAUUUUAAACAAUUUAUGCCACAAAAAAAAAAAAAGGAAAAAAAUCCUUCUUAAUUCCAAAAAGCAGAUAUCUCCUUGGAUUAAAAAACUGUUAUCGCGUAUUUUAACUAUUCUAUCCUGUAAUAUUCUGUUUUUCAAAAACAACAUCCAGAACAGUUUAUAAAUAUGUCUUUGGAAUCUGUUAAAACUACCUCAUUAAUUAGAGAAUUCCACACGUGACAAUUUGAUUAAUAGUGAAUGCACAUGUCUAAGAGAUAUGUAUGGCUAUUAGAAAGAUGUCAUUUUGAAAUGAAGUACAAUACGACCAUGCAGAGAACAAACUAGGAAUUUCAUAUGGAAAGAGGUUGAAUUAACGGGUUGUACAUUGAUAAAGUUUAUUGAAUUGUUAUCUGAUGUGGUGGUCAGGCAUCUGAAGAUAUAAUAGGAUAUACAAUGAAAUAGAACAAAAAAGGCGCUUCCUCCUUUUUUGUUAGCUCACCAAAUGCGUAUCAUGCCUAUUUAAAAAGUGUAGAUUUUUUUGUUGUUGGUCUUUUCCUGUUUUAUAAAAUGUUUUGUCUUCAAUGCACUGUGUAAGCUUGUGUUUCCUUUCACUUCUUAUCUUGAUUUGAGUUCACACAAUCCACUGUUUUAAUCUUCCCUCACUAAGGGUGUUUACAAAAUUUUAUAAUAGAGUAAAAUGUUUAGUCUGUGAAUUAAAGGAUAGCAUUAAAUCAAACAUGACGGAGGCAAAACAAAACUCAUCUUUAUUGUCCCACACCCAAGAAUACAAAAAAACCUCUCUAUACUAUUUUUAACUUUUAAUUCUGUGAGUGGUUUAUUUAUAUUCAGUGCGCGCUCUCUUUCUGUAUUAGGAAUAAAAAAAAACCAUACAUUCCCAAUAAUGCACAGACACCAGUAAGUUGGGUAAAAUUCUAUCCACAGCUUUUAAUAUAAUAUGAUAUCAAUUUUAAUACAAAAAGUCAUUUUUAAACAAAACUAUGACACAGUAUAUAACUAAUCCCCUCACAACAUUACAAUGACAAUGACCCCAAUAUUAACAACUUAACACCCUAACAAUAUAACAACAUAAAUAACAACAUGAAACAUAAUAAAGUGCAAACAAUUUCCCCGAAUCAUCCAAUGUAGGGGUUUAUCAAGAUACCCCACACCCCCAGGUUCUGAGCCACAGGCCAGCUCGAAACCUACCAUAUGAACUUGCCCGAAUGAUCCAAUGUAGGGGUAUACCAAGAUACCACUACACCCUCAGGUUCUGAGCCACAAGCCAGCUCGAAACUUACCAUACCAACUUAUAAAUCAACUUUUAAAAACACAUAAUUAAUUUAAUUUAAUCCCUAAUAACAACCCAUUCCACCCCCCAAUUUACCUAUCCAGUCUCCCGCCGCUGUGAUAACUCCAAACCUAACACAAAAUCAGGGAGGGUGGCAGGGACAACAAGGUCUGUGAGAAAGCAUUAAAAUGGGAACAUUUUAAGAUAGCUGCCCUAUACGUAUCAGCCUGCACAUCCGAGAUAACUAGCUAAUCCAAACACACUAACUCUGAAUGCCUGCCUCCUAGCUCUGUCAAGGCCCUAUUCUACUAAGCUGUGCUACUCCAUGGGCUACAAAAAGUCUACAAAGGGCUAAUACAAUAACGGCACUAUUGAUAUGUAUUUUUAGUCUAUUGGAAUAAAUGCAAAGUGUAGUUGCCUUGCCUUUGAAGGAUAAAUGUCACCUUAAAACUAUUUGGUUGAAGUAAAAAUCCUUUCAUGUAUUGAAAGGAAAUAUAUAUUUUGAAAUUAAAUAUAUGUAAAUAAAUUAGAAAAGCUCAUCCCAUCCUUUUAGUGUAUGACAUAAUCCUUCAGCGCAUGCAUCUUGGCUUAGACAGUACUUGAAAACCAACAGUCAGUCUCUACGGUUUUCCCUGUUUUUGUGUAGGAUGUGAAGCAGGGAAGAUCAUUGAGACUAACUGUCGGUGUACCUGGGAGGGUGGCUGAGUGGGAUGUGAUUCAGUCCCCAGGCUGGCAGGCACAUUGCCAGGAGUGAGGAGGGACAGUGAUAUAUGCCACAUAUAUAAUUUCAUUCUUGGUGCACAAUGCACUGGGCCUUUUUGUGCUGACUUGAGUAGUGGUUCCUGGGCUGGCUCACUAAGUCACUGACUGGAGAAUAACUAGUAUCCCUAUAUUAAACUGCUGCAACCUGCAGAGAGAGAGCCAUCAGUGGAUCUUCCUCCAGGGAGUUGGGGGACACAGAACUCUACAGAUGGGGCCAGGGGCUGUGCCUAAAAGAGAACUGUAGAGAAGCUCAAAACAGGGCCAAAUUACAGUGCCAAAACUAUUAAAGGGCCAAUGCAGCCUCUCAAUGCCCAUUGAGUGACCCACACUCUGACCUGGACUUGUCCUGAGGAACACUAAACAACUGCUUUGUGAGUCAAGGCCUGGGGUAUUUUAUGCUGCGUCCCAAACAACAUAAUGCAGGGAUGUGGGUCACAAUUUAAGGAUGACAGCUAAAUGUUGUGUGGCCAAUGGCUUGCUGCUAUCUCUCUCUUUUUCUGCCAAUUCAGUAAAGUGACCACUGACUCACUAUAGUGACUCCGCUUCUGUCAUGUGUCAUCAGACCACACGUGAACAAAAAGGUAACUUGUGACUGCACCUGCGUGUUUCUUUUUAUGUGACUAUGCCUGCAUGUGUCUAUAUCCAUGGUCAUAGGUGUUGCUUGGGAAGGCUUUAGGGGCUGAAGACCUGGGUGUUAUAUGUUUUUUAAGCUCUUGAUCUCUACAGGUAGUGGAGUGGGCAAGAAGAAUUUGUGGUUUUUUUUACAAAGCAUUCGCCUGAUAUAAACAGAAAGAUAAUUGAUUGACCUGCAAGGCAACAAGGAAAAUAUGGUAUAGUUCUCCACAAAGCUAUUCUGGGAGAAGAGGUGCUGCCCCCCGAGGUGACUGUCAUAAGGGUGCUGUGAAAAAGUACUCUGCAGAACGUGAUACUAUUAGGUAGUAUGGGGGGGGGUUGAAUUGAAUACAUGGCUGUGCAGCAUGUGCUGGUUUCCAAUGCUUUUAUUGCUUUUUAUUUAUUGUUUUCUAGGCAUUUAGGGAUCACAUGCUAGGCAUUGUGGGUGUACACUUCAUUUUACCACAUGGAUAUAGUUUAUAGCAUUUAUCCUGUAUGCAUAGAACUAUACAUGAGAAGCGUCAGUUAAAAAUGUAAGGGAACUGAUACAUUUAUUAGCAUCUUUAAUUGUAUUGACUUCAAAAUGGCAUAUUUGCAUGAUAUUUCACUUAUGCUUGACAUUUGCCAAAGCAUGUUAGGUACUUUAAUGGUGUAUAGUUAUGUUUUAUGUAUGCGUCAAUUGGUAGUGUAUUUUAAAGGGACACUAAAUGAACCCAGACCACGUAGGCUCAUUGUAGUGGUCUAGGUACAGUGUCCCUGUCCCACUUAGUCCUGCAAUGUAAGUCAUUGCCAGUUUUGAGAAACUGCAAUGAUUACAUUGCAGGACUCAGGCUGCCUCUAGUGGCUGUCACUCAAACAGCCACUAAAGGCACUUCCUGGUGGUUAAGCGACUUUGACGCCGGACGGCCUUACGCUCUGCAUGUGGACAUCCAGCGUCCGUAAAAUCCCCAUAGGAAAGCAUUGAAGCAACAGUUUGCAUAAAGUCUUGCUUGCUCUGCUCUAAGAACUUACCUCUUCCAAAUUAUUUUCCCUAAGACAUGAAUAGUCAUCAUUAUAUAUUAUUCCUGUUUAUUGCUGGUCCUUCACGUGUUGCUUGUAAUGCAAAGUUGAAACUUCCGCCUACAUUAAACGAAUGAGCUGCAUUUUCCUCGCCAUGGUGGCAUUACAUUAAGAUGUCACCAACACCUGUACUCAAGCUCUUAUUUCUUUUCCUGGUUCCUGAACAAGUAGGUGCUAAAUAUGAUGGCUUUGAGAAAAAAAAAUGGUGCAAUGGUGACACGGCCAGAUUUUCCUUGACAAGCAGCCAAGAUGACGUUUAUUUAGAGUCUGGCUGUAUGUGCAUGGCUUGUUCAGCUGAGUGGAGGUUCUGUUCUUGUCUUGUCUGACACCUACAAAACACUUGGCAACGGCUGCAGUAAUGUAAACAGAGCUUCAGACCCGGCAGAAAACUGCACAUAUUCUCCCUUUGCGCAAUGAUAAUAGAUGCGUUCUCUUCAAAUAUUGAAAAUCAUUCUGUUGUUUUAACCCAUCUAGUAUCAGUAGAGUCGGCUACACACUGGAAAGGGUUAAUUAUGCAUUCUCACAUUUUGCCAGAAUGAUGCAUUAAAAAUGUGCCUAAAUUAAAUAUCUGAACCAGAUACAGUUUUAAAGAAGCAGUAUUCUACCUUACAUUGUUUACACAUUUACUGUAUUGUAUCAUUAACCUUUUUCAGUCACGCAGUAUUAAUGAUCAAUUGUACGAUGAUCAGUCCAAUUAUACAAGUACCUGCCAAGCAAACACUGCACUCUUGAUGUAGCAGAAGCCGGUAUGGAAGUAAACAAUCAUUUAGUUUCCCCCUGUAAACCUUGGGAAGGGGGAUCAUGACUGCUGCCCAUGUAUGGGGGGCCUGGACUAAAUUGGAUAAAAUGUUGCAAAGAUAUGGGGUUUGGGAAGAGGAGUGGGGAAGAAACUUACACACCCACCCUCCCCUUGGUUAUGGAUGUGUUGGCUGUGUUUUGUUUGGUGUCUUGCUGUUGUUUCUUGUUUUGUCACAGCUUGGCGGGAUCCCUGGACAGCGCAACUGGGAGUAAAGGAGAAAGACACAGAGUCGAGUUGGGGAGACGACAGACCUCACAAGGGCUGAUGGCAAGUGCCGGCUGUUGAGGUGGAGAACUGCCUGUUGGGUUAACCACCCAACAGCUGACAGGUCAUGGUUAUUGGAUUUGAAUUAAGUUAAUAAAGCUGUGGCCGUUGCCCUUAUCCACAAGAAAAGUGUGUGGUUUCUUAUUGGGAGGGCAACAGGAAGGUAAAAGGAGGAUGGGUCAGCAGUCAUGUUAUAGAUAAGUAGUCCAGGGGUUUAUUUUAAAUGGCUAAGCAUACACAUAAAGUAAAUAGGACCAUGUAGAAUGAAUAAUAAAAAAAUUUUUUAGUGGUGUGGGGCAUUGAAUAGGGUUUUACUUUUAUGAAUGCUGCGAAGAUUAAAAGAACACUCCAAGGAUCAAAUUCACUACUGUGUGCUCUAGUGGUUCUAGAACCAUGAGUGCACUGAGGCUCCCCACUGGCAUGUAGAGAGUCUGCAGUGUAAUGUAUCUCAUUGACUAAGAGUGUCAGCUAAUCUCUCUUAGCCAAUGAGCUAAGCCCUGUACCACCAGAGCUUCCAUCUCUCUGUUGGAAGUAGUGGAGGCAGGAAGCUUCACACACGGUAAGCAGUCAAGCCAUUCCAAAAAUGUUUUCACUAACUAAAAUAGGUAGGUGACAGGGUAACCUUGGCACAUAACCAUUACUUUGUUUAUGUAAUCUGUGGUUGAUAGGCAGGUAAGUAGAGUGAUAGAUGAUUAAACAAUACAGAGUCAUUUUCGGGGUUGUGCUGAAACAUUUCCAUUUUUCCAGUCCAAGGUCACAUAGCUGGGAUAUCGUAGGAGUGGGGUAGAAUAGAGAUCUGGCUGUGAUCUGUCUGAAAGAGUCAACAAGUUAAUUACACCUGAUGACAGCCGUAAUUUCGCACAGAAUUGACAUUAGGCAGCCCGGAACUGUCACAUGUGCUGGCAAGAAAUAUUAUCUUUUAGGGCAGUGGUUCCCAACCCAGGCCUCAAAUGGUCGAGGAUUUGUCAAUAUUCCCACUGGAAUAGAAUUAGGAAAUCUCCAUUUAAUGGAAUGUUAAUGUGCCUUGAGGACUGGAGUAAAACUGACUAACAUUACCACUUCAAGAUACCAUCAAUACCACACAAUUAAGAGGAUCAUACAAAUAAAAAAAAUACAUUAUACUAUACGAUGUCUGUAGUGACUUUACAACAAUUAAUGCAACACUGUUUUGGAUUAAUGGACUUGGCUAAAAUGAACCCUUAACCUAAUCAGCACCUGCAAGUGUGACCUAACCUAAUAGUUACUUGCACAGUCUCCCAGCUCAAUUACACAGCCAAAUUCUUUCCUGGCUGCCUCUCGCUACUAAUAUGCCCCAUUUCCAACUCAACUGACAAAACAUUAGUGCUAGCUUGGAAUACGAAAAGCAUGAAUGCAAAUAUUUCCCCACAAAAAGGCAGUUUUCUAUGUUUCAAGGUUCAUGUAGAAUUCUCUGUGUGCAAAUUAUUCACACAGUUCAAACAUUGUAUGAGACUAUGGGAUUUGGAUGUCCCAUGGCACGAGGAAGGACUGAGUUAUGCAUUUUCUUUUUGUUUUAGUAAAGUUUUCAUCCAUCCAGUAGCAAAACUAAUGAAAAAUGGCCUUGAUGCAAACAAUUUUUUAAACCCUCCAAUAGAGGAAGGGUGCCCAAAAAAGUAGACCUUUAACUACCUUACAACUCUCGUAAUACUUUGCCAGUUGUGGAUCUACCAUUUCCCAAUCCUUGCAGGGUUGUAUUUGUGUGUAGCAUUGAGUGUGAACGUAGGUGUGUUUUUUGUAGGUGUGUGUAAAUGUUUGUGUAUUUAUGCAUAAUGUUUAUGUUUGAAUGUUGGGGCAUAUUUGUGUGAGGUAUUGGUGCUUGAAUGCAGGGCUGUGUUUGUAGUGUUUGUGUUUGCAUGUAGGUGUGUACUACAAUGCCCCAAAGUGUAUCAUCAGACCCAUCUUCAAUUUGCCAUUGAAAAAAACAAACUGCAAUGGGUAAUUUAUAAAUUCAAUUCUGUAUUUUCACAAAAACUUGACAAGCGUAUGCGAAGAGGGUCAUUCUGUACUAAGGAGAUAUAACUGUGCACAAUUUUGUGAUUUUUAUUACAGUAGCACAAAUCAAGUUUACAAAAUAAACUACCAGAUUGCAAUGUGCAUGUAAAAAAAAUAAAAAUAUAACAACAUACAUUUUGAAAGAAAUUGGUGCCUAAAUGGCUGUAUUAUAGGGCUCAAAAUAUGCUAGAUGACAUACACCGUAGUGUUACAAAUGGCAUGCAUUUAUGAGGUGAUUUGAACUGUAAAACUCCUACAAAAUGCCAAAUAACCUCAAUAUAUACCUUAAUAAAAAAAAGAUUUGCAAAAAAAUAAAUAAAUAAUAAACAUGUUCAGUUAACAGUAGAUUUGUGUAGAAAUAGUUAAUUUUUAAAAAAUGGUAAAUGUACAGAAUAUCGGUAUUGGUAAAUUAUUGGCUAUUGGCCUGAAAGUUCACAGAUUAUCGGUAUCGGCUCUAAAAAAUCAAUAUCAGUCAAUCCCUAGUCUGAAGUGCUCCAGGGUCCCUGAUAGCUAUGAGGAAGCAGACUUCGCGGAGGUACUCGGUCGGAGUACUGGAGCUCCGUCAAAGGGGUAUAUCUACAAACAGCUUGCUAAAGCAGCAGAUUUCUUGUCUGAAGACGUUGCAAGCCGUCUCCUUCUUCCCCACCUCGCACUCUCUGUUGCUGUCCAAUUACAGACUUCCCAAUGCAGCUCAAUUAAAAGUCUUUGCAAGGCAGUUUCUCUGUGCAAUUGCUGCCUCUUGAGUUUAGCUCCACAGGGCUAGCCAAGCCAGGAAGUAAAAAAAACAGUUGUCUGAUUGACAGCCGUGGGGGAGUAACAAGGUUAAUUUAUACAUGUGCCAAGUUCUAUUGAAAUGUGUAUUUUUUGUAAAAUGAAAAAAAGACACUAUUCAAUUACGGACCAAUCUCAUUUUAUUAUAUAUGUGUAAAUCUGUGUCUGUGCAUAUGUAUAAAUGUACUUUUACAUAUGACUACAAUGUAUAUCCUUUUGACUCUAUUCAUAUGUGACUUACUAAAGAACUCCUGGAAUUGUGACACCUUUUACAGGUUGCAGAGCUCCAGUUAUAAUCAUAAGUAGGAAAUGGAAACAAUAAUGAAUCAUACCUUGUCGGUCUGUGAACACCUCUCUUAAAUUAAACAUCUAAUUUUCCAAUAAAUCUCGCUGUUUUAGAGGACUGCCCAUGACUUCUCACUCCCUAAGAAUGUAAACAUAACUCGUUUGACACACUACCUUGGCUAUACUGGGUCCCUAUCCUGGCCAAAUUUUACUUGAGUGGGGAAUUGUACAAUCUGUCGACAGUUUCACAACUGCUCAGUUUGUGGUAAAGAAAACCGCAAAGAAAUAUAUAUUUACUUAUACAAUUAAAAUCUUGGCACAGGAUACAGGCAUUAAGCUAUGGUUAUACAGAAAACCAAAUGGAUAGCAUAAUGUAUAUACCAUGUGUCAGAUGUCUAUUCUUUGUAAGCAUAGGUGUGUGCAGCCUAUUUCAUCAGGGUGCACACCAGCAAAAUUCCCCUCCCCACCCCAUGUUAUUUUUGUAUUGUUAUGUAAUGUGAAUAUUUAUUAAAGUGUUGAGUGAAUAUGUGGUGUGUGUGUAGGGUGGCUGUAAGUGUUGUAGCUGUGUGUGAAGUGUGUGCUGUGGCUUUCUGCGUGUGAGGUAUAAGGCUGGCUGUGUCUCAUGUGAGUAUAGCUGUGAGUGAUAUGUGUGGCUGCGUUUGGGUAUCUGUAAGUGGUGUAUGUAGCUGUGUGAGGAGCUGUGAGUGAUAUGUUUAGGCCACUGUGAGUGAUGUCCAUGACAAAGUAUGAUGUGUGGGUAGCUGUGAGUAAUGUGUGGGUAGCUGUGAGUGAUGUGUGUGGCUUUGUGUGAGUAGCUGUCAGGCCUGACCUGGGAGAUAAAAUAGAACUAGGUGUUUUAUGGUACGAUAGCCCACUUCAUCUCACUAAUCCACACAAGUAUACACAUGUGGAAACUGCAAUCAGUCAUGGAAGUGGUCACUUAGAGAGGCACACACUCACAGGUGCACACAUGCAAACAAACACAGAUACAUAAUACACACUCACAGUCACACACAUAGAGACACAUUCACACAGAUAAAUAUGGGUACAUACAUACGGACACAAACAAAUACAUAUAUACAGACACAAACUCACAUAUACACAAAUACAGACACAAAUAGUUGCACAUUUAUAGAUAUCUAGAUAAGUAUACACAUACAAAUAUUUUACAUAUAUUCAUAUGUAUCUCACAGAUACACAUAUGCGCACCUACAUGCACACUCACAGAAACAUACAAAAGUACACACGCACAUACACACAGUCACAGUUACAAACAGUCACACAAACAUACUCACACACAGUGCUGUAUCUUUAACGAGGCUAACAAGGCAUUUGCCUUGGGUGGCACUUUAAGGAGGUGGAAAAAAACGCUGCCCCCCAAGUGCCCUGGCAAAUACCUUGUUAGCCUCUUUCAUGGGGGACCCAAGAGCUGGCCAACUGGCCAGCUCAGGAACCCCUUGAGGACUUCAGCUGCUAAUAUUAUGGGCGCGUGGUGACUGUCCUCUGAGCUCUUCCUGCUCAGAUCCCUAGCGCGCACCGCAGUGAUGCCAGGAGCCAGAAUGUGACGUUACUCCGGCUCCCAGCAUCACUAAGCGGCACGAGGAAGCUGAGCAGGAAGAUCAGAGCUCCUGCGCCUCUUGAAUUUGCUGACUGACCGCAAUCCUGUGCCUGCCCAGCAGCAGCCAACCCCACUGGACCCCAGGGAAGAAUUCACUCUUACAAAUCCACUUAAUUGUAAGUGUGUGAGAGUGUGAGUGUGUCAGUAUCAAUGUGUCAGUGAGUGAGUGUGUGAGUGAAUGUGUGUGAGUCUGUCAGUAUGUGUCUGUAAUUGAGUGAAUAUGUGUGUGUCAGUCAGUAUGUGUCUGCAAGUGAGUAAAUGUCUGUGUGCCUGCCAGUGUGUGUCUGUGAGUGAACAUGUGUGUGUGUCUGUCAGUGUGUGUCUGUGAAUGAAUGUCACAAUACACAUGAGAAGAAAUACAUUUGAGAAGUAGUGACAUUUCCACUUAGUACAAAAUGGGAAGAGAGAUUUAAGUUAGCUGCCCUUUAGCCCAAUAUAGUGUGGGGGGAAGGAGGGGAGGAGGGGGAGAGGGUUAAAGACAGUAGUGUGGGGCUUGUCGUGCUAGGGGCAGUUGAAGGGAUAAAGGCAGUAGUUGGGGGAUAGAGAAUGAAGUAGGGAUUAAAGGCUGUAGUGGGGGAUAGGGGUAGUAGUGGGGGAUUGGGACAAUAGUCAGGAAUUUGGGGUGUAGUGGGAGAUAGGGGCUGUAGUGAGGUAUAAAGGCUGUCUUGGAUGGUUAAGAGGUAGUAGGGGUUAGAGACAGUAUUGAGUGGUUUGGGGCAAUUGUAGGAAUCAGGAGCUGUAGUUGAGGUUAGGGGAUGUAGUGGGGGGUUAGGGGAUGUAGUGGGGAGCUAGGGACAGUUGUGUGGGGUCAAGUGAAGUAGUGAGGAUGUAGUAGUGGGUUAGGGGCUGUAGUUAGUAGUUAGUGGCAGUAGUUGGGGGUUAGGGGCAGUAGUUGGGGGUUAGAGGAUGAAAUGGUGAGCUAGGUGGUGUAGUGCAGGAUUAAAGGCUGAAGUGGUGGAGUUAGAUGGUGUAGUGGGCAGUUAGAGGCUGAAGUGAGGGGUUAGGUGGUGUAGAGAUGGGUUAGAGGCCGUAGUGAAGGAUAUGUGGUGUAAUGGAAGGUUAGAGGCUGAAGUAGGGGUUAGGCCGUGUAGAGGAGGGUUAGAGACUGAAGUGGGGAGUUAGGGGGUGUAGUGGAGGGUUAAGUGGUGUAGUGGAGGGUUAGAGGCUGAAGUGGGAGGUUAAGUGGUGUAGUGGAGGGUUAGAGGCUGACAUGGAGGGUUAGGCCAUGUCUGGUGUAGAGAAGGGGCUUUGAUACAAAAAUAAAAAGGCAAAUGCAGUAUUUUUCUCCCCUUCGUGAGGUUUGCCAUGGGCUACGGAAGGGAAUAAUCCUAAUCCCUGGUGGUUUGGUGUUUGUUUGCUCCCUUGUCGGAUGCUGACUUGCUCCUUCCGGCAUGUGCCCGGAGAUGUAUUAGAGUGGUGCUAUGGUAACCUGCAGCAACACUUAUAAUAAUACAGUAAAACAAUGGAGAACUUGGCCUGGAAGUACAGAUUAAAAUCUUUCCCCUGGAUCAGGUUCUGGCUGGGGACCAUGGCAGUCAUUACUUGGCUUGACUUCUCUGCCAGGGGGAUGAUGACCAGGGAAAACUGGGCCAGUCAGGGAGACCUUUUCAUCUUCCUGGAAUAUCAGCAGACUGCACUCUUGCUGCAUUAGGGCACCCCACUCACAAUACGCACGCCUAUGUUUAUAAGGUUAACUGAAUGAUACAAAAACUCUUAUAUUUUAAUAUUUUAUUGUAUUCAGAUAAUUCAGAUAAUUAUUGUAAUUCAUAUAAUUACUGCUGCCGAGUAGAUUACCUUUGUUAAGUAGUAAUACAUAACUUUAAUUAUUCCCUUUGAAAUGUAGUUCACAAGCAUCUGCUAAGUUAAAAAAAAAAAACAACAAAAAAAUGUAUCUGUCAUCUGUUUAGAUCUGCGGCACAGCUGUCCUGCCAUCUACCACAGACACCCCAGAGCCUCAAACAAGAAAUGCUGUCAACACGCAGUUUAGCAUUAUUAAUAGUUUCUUUUCUGCAUGACAAUACACAGAAGUAACAUGAGUUUUAUAUAACUUCAAUAUGUGUUUAAAAAAAUUAUAUGAACUUUGUAUCUGCUGUUUUGAAUUUGCCUCUUUCUGUACACUGUAAAAAUUGUUAUAAAAAAAAAUAUAUAUUUUAUUUUAGAAUUAUCCUCACACUAAUUAAAGGAACAGUGCGAGUGGUAAUGUAGGGUGUAUCCUGUGAUUUAGCUCCCUAACGUCAGCGGAAUUUGGUGGAUUAACUGGCUUAUUCGGAAAGGCCUGUGUGAACUAUUUGGUUUUGCAUGUGUAUGUGAGGCACUGCAGUUUCUUAUAUGAGCUCCAGUAACCUUUGUGAAGCAGGGGACAGUCUAUAAAUCAUGCAAACACAUCCUAACUGAACUUGGGUACACCCUCACAGACGUUUUUGUUCUAAAAUGUGAGUAAAAGCUGGAUAAAUCCUGCACACAAUCACCUAUUGCUCAGAACUGUAGUAGAAGGUAAGGCGAGAGGACAUACAGUUUAGCAGAGGCCUCAAAAAAAUUAAUAUCAGCACCAGCACGCACGUUGGACACCGAUGUUGUCAAUGGUGCUAUUACACAGCGAUGUCUUCAACAUAUGAUAAGGUGAGGGCGGAUAUAUCUGAACAGGAUGCCAUAUUUCAACAUGACUUCCCCCCCAGCCAUCCACUCACACUCAUCUCCCCUCAGCCACACAUCCAAAUCAUUUACCUCCAGUCAUGCGUUCACACUCAUUACCUCUAGCUAUAUACCCACAGCCUUAAUCACAGCUAUUCUUCAACACUCAUUAGUCCCAGCCAUACAACUGCACCCAUUAGCCACCAGGUAAAAUAAUGGCAAAGCAAAAAUCAUCUGAUAUAAUACAGACUGAAGAGCUUCAUAGUUAAAGGGAUACUAGUCACCUAAAUAACUUUAGCUUAAUAAAGCAGUUUUGAUUUAUAGAUAAUGUCCCUGCAGUCGCACUGCUUAAUUCUCUGCCAUUUAGGAGUUAAAUCACUUUGUUUAUGAACCCUAAUCACACCUCCCUGCAUGUGACUUGCACAGCCUUCCUAACUACUUCCUGUAAAGAGUCAUCUAAUGUUUAUAUUUCGUUUAUUGCAAAUUAUGUUUAAUAUAGAAUUUCUCAUCUCCUGCUCUAUAAAUAGCUUUUUUUUUUUUUUUUUUUAAAUCUAAAAACACCUUAGACACAACUGGGUAAUCCCUAAAUCCUGGACUGGCAGGAACACUUGAGGACUGGGUUGGGAACCACUGCUGUAUAUGAUUAAAGUUCAAUAUAGAGAGCAUGAGAUAAAAACUUUUAAAGUAAGCCACUGUCUAAUUUUCCCAUGCAGGCUGUGUGAUUCACAGCCAGGGGAGGUGUGACCAGGGCUGCAUGAAUAGAAACAAAAGUGAUUUAACUGCUAAAUGGCAGAUAAUAAGAAGUGAGACUGCAGAUGCAUAAUGUAUACACCAAAACUGCUUCAUUAAGCUAAAGUUGUUUUGGUGACUAUAGUGCCCCUUUAAUUUAGCAACACAGGUUCACAACUACAGAGUUACAGUUACAACUAUGGCUCAUCUAUCAUGUUGACUGAGCCUUUCUGAAGUUUUCUAUUUACCUCAAAGAAACCAGCCGUCUGCAAACAGAAUCAGACAUGACUUUGUUUUAGCACUAUUGAUAUUCAUUUUGCUUCAGCCUUUACAAGACUGUGAUAUAUUACACUUCUGCUGAGAAAGUCCAACGUACACUCUGUGAGAAUAACCAAAAAGCCUCAUAGAUUUUGCACAUUCUCUGUGUCUGUCUCUUCCAUUUUUUAUCACAUGCUGCAGUAUAUUCAGUAUUCUCUGCUGUCAGAUAAAUUUAACAUAUGAACAUUAGUCUUGCUUGCUUGUGUUUUGCAAAUUAGAUAAAUAUAAAAGGGACAAUAGGGUAAGUUAUGAUUCCGUGUCAGUGACUUUCAGCUGGUAUUGCAAAGUGUUUUCAACAAAAUCAUAAUCUAAAAAUGUCACAACAUUUUUCUGAUAGUAAUGCCACCGAAGUUAGAAAUUGUUAUUAACGUAAAACUGGGUUUAAACGAAAACACUAAAGCAUUAGGAAUACAAACCUGUAUUUCUAAUGAUUUAGUGUUCCUGUCCAUAUGAAGGCUACCAUGACGCUACUUACCUUCUGGCAUCAGGUAAGUCUCCUCGCUGCCAGUGUUAUUUUUUUCUGUAAAUGUCAUUUUAGUUUUUGUCAUAUUUUAGUCAUCUGAAUUGUUUUAGUUUUAGUCUAGUUUUAGUCGAAUGAAAUCUAAAAAAAAUGUUGUUGACUAAAAUCUGACUUAAAUUGGUGAAGUCAACAUUACUGAUGUCCAAUCCGAUACUACUCAAGAAGCAUUGGGAGACAUGGAUCAUACAGAAAUUCGCCAAGAAUGCUUUUCCAUGAGCAUUCCCACCUUGAACUACAGUUCAAAGUGAGUGAGGCUGGAAACCAUUCCAUACUCCCCAAGCUGGUGUUAAUAAGGUGUAUUUUUAAAAUUUCAGAUUUCUUUUUUCAUGUUUGUGAAAAUAUUUACCCAUUCCGUUACUAAAUACAUUGUUUUUAAAAAGUGCUGAUUUUUUUAAAUCUGUACUUUUGUAAAAAGCAGCAACAUUUCAGCUGCAACUGUGGUUUUUGCAGUCCCAAUGACCCCUGUUGUGUUUGAAACAUUGCUGCUUUUUACAUUAAGAACACUUGAAUAAAAAGACAAUGUGCUAAAAAGAAUGCGCUAGAACCUUUUUUUUUUUAUUGUUUUGGUUGGAGGUGGAACCAGGUUCUUGUGCAUCCCGUGGGUAGGUGCUGUUCCCCCUUGUGACAUUUUUUUUUAUCAUUCUUUAUUUUUGUUGUGCUGGUGGUACAAUAUGACAGUGAUUGCACUAUGACAUAGUUUAAAAUGAGACAAGAGUAUCUUAUCAUAGCAAGACAUAUCUCAGAGUCAGCACUAUUUUUAGAGGUAUAUUGAGGAGAGGUAAACAAGCACAGGCUUAACCUCUUAAGGACACAUGACAUGUGUGACAUGUCAUGAGUCCCUUUUAUUCCAGAAGUUUGGUCCUUAAGGGGUUAAAGGAGUGACAUGCUAGCGUCUCAAGGGUAUACAUGUGUCUCUGUGAGAGUGCUAUUCUUGUGGUAGUUACCAUGUAGAGAUUCCCUAGAGAGGGAAAGGACACAACUACGUGAUACAUUAAGACAACUUGAUGGGCCUACUGGGGAUCUGCUAUGAACCAGGGUUGGAACCUUUCAGUAAGGGGUGAGUGUGUAUCACCUUUAAAUUUGCUCCUAACCUAGGGAGCAAGGGGGGGAGGGGAGGAGGUGCUUUCUAGCCAGCCGUCAUGUGGUGGGCGGAUAGCUUGGGAGAACAGUUGGUAAUUGCCAGUUGGGUCUACCCCGUGUCUGCUUCCCCAUGGGCCCAUAUGUACGGGGUGGGUGUUUCAGGACAUAUUUCAAGAUAACAUGGUUAAUAUAGAGCCUGGUGGCAGUUGUGCGAAAAAAUGUCUGCCGAGCGCAGUUUUGUUGUGACAUGGUGAAGAGACCUACGCCAUUGCAGGGUGGCUCUUGUGAGGUCUUGAUAUUCAUACAGUUUGGAGUCUUCAAACGUAUAGGGUGUUUUGCCUCUCAGUGCUGCCAGGAGGUGCCCGUUGUCUUGGGAGGUGGUGCAGCGCAUGAUGACAUCACAUGGGGCUGUUGUGGGUAUUUUGGUUGCUCCAGGCAGUCUGCAUGCUCCGUCAAUGCUGUAUUUUUUGGCCACCUGGAGGAAUAGCACAGUUGCCACCAGGCGGCGAAGAUAAUGAAGCGGUUCAUCCGCCGUGAUUGCGGUUGGGACUCCUCUUAUUUUGAUGUGGUUAAGCCUAUGGUGAUCUUCCAUAGCUGAACAUUGGGUGGUGUGUGUCUGUUGGGCAGUUUGGAGUGUGUGGAAUGAGGCCUCCGUGCGCAGGUCCAUCACGUCUUCCUCUGUGGCCUUCAUUCUGUCUGUGACUUGCUGGACUUCUGUCCUUAUUACUGCUAGGUCAGUUGCCCACAGCUUUUGGAUAUCAAGUAGGAGGGCCUGAAUGUCCUGUUUGGUGGCAAGAUUGCCCGUAAGGGCUUCCAGUUGGUUAGUGACUGUCAGGCUUUCACGUGAAGAGAGUGUCCCCCCGCCAUCCGGCGGGUCUGGUGGUGAUGGCAUGCUCAUUCUCCUCGGCCGACAUCUUGGUAGGGAUUGCCUCUGCAGCAGGGUGCCUGUAUCCUUGGAGUCAGGCACAGCUCUGGGUGUGGGCUUCUGUGUCUUCCGCACCAUGGUCUGUGUGGGAGCUGCUAUCAGUAGAAGGGGUUGAGGUGCAAGGUUCGCGGCACUUUCGCAAAGCAGCCUGCCCUGGAAGGAGUCUGAAUCAGGAAAGGCUGGUGUCUUGUAGGCCCCGAACUUGCACCUUGGCUUUACAGCUUUCGGUGCCUGAAAGAAAGGCAUCAAUGGAUGCAGGGGCACCUGUAGUAGCAAGGAGGAGAUCAGUCUAUGCUGGAUGGCCCCUGUAGUAGGUGAUAAUUAGUGGAUUAGCCCAGAGUCAGCGGGAGCCGCGGGAAAUGGUGUCUGUUUAGCUUCGCUGACAAGCCUCGCCCCUCCCUUUGUGACAUUUUGAUGUUCUUCUAAUAUAAAUACUAGCAGGUGCAUAUGCUCAUACCAUCCUACGGAAGGAAGGCCAGAGUGCCCAUGAUAAUACAAUAUUUCUCAGAAAAUGCCCGUUGGGCACCCAGAGCAUUAUGCAAAUAUCUGGCACCCUAGCCAUAGUAAUACUGCAAUGGUAAGUAGGUUCUGGUUUUUUUUUUGUUUGUUUUUUACUUUCCUCUGGUGCACUGCACUCUCCAGUAAGUACUUCAGUAGGUUUUACUUUUAGGAUUUUAGUAAUUUUCACUUGGAGAAAAGUGACAAUUGUGCUUUAAAUAAAAUAAAAACAUAUUUUUAAAAGAAACUGGUGAAAUAGAUGUGUGAAAGUGUACAAAAAUACCAGGAAGUGUCAUCUUCUUAAACUAAUUGAUUUUAGGUUCCAAGCAACUAUUAAACAUGCAGGCCAAGCAUACCAAAUUCUAAAAGCUUUUAGCUUGGAAACAGUUAUAUGGUUCUUGCAGUAUAGGACUACCUGUGAAACUCCUAGUCAUAUGAUUUACUCCAAGAAUUUAGGAAAAAAUAAAUAAUUAACUGUAUGUUAUGGCACUUUCCUUUGGCUUAACUACUUGGUACAAAAUACAAGAGAUAAAAUUGUUGAGAUUUCUUUUUUCAACAUUUUUACUUUUUAAAAUAAUUUACUCUUGCUAAAUAAAUAGUUAUAUUGUCUACUAUAACAAUAGUAUCAUACCUAUCAAAAUCUGGAAAGGAUUUGGAAGCAUUUGCAAAUCCUUUAGAUUAAAAAAAAUAGGGAACUUAUCUUUUAGGUUAAAAAGAAGAAAACAAUAAAUAAAUAAAAAUUAAUGUGAUCAAUAUAUCUAUAAUUAAGUAGUAAUCAGCUGCUUCACUCAUGAGUACAUCACAUCCCAAACAGUAUCACUAUGUACACUUAAUCACUUAAAUAGCCUAACUGGGAACGCAUAAAGGGAGACUAUAGUCACCAAAACAAUUGCCCUAACCACACCUCCCUAUAUGUGACUAACACAGCCAUCCUAAACACUUCCUGUCAAGUGAGAUCUAAUGUUUAUACUUCCUUUAUUGCAAAAUCUGUUUAAUUUGGAAUUUCCUAUCUCCUGCACUGUUAAUAGCGUGCUAGACCGUGCAGGAGCAUCCUCUAUGUGAUUAAAAUUCAAGUUGCAGAGCAGGAGAUACAAAUUUCUAAAGAAAAUUAACAUCUGAUUGAAAAUAAAAUAAUUGCAGCCUGUGUGAGUAACAGCAAGGGCAGGUGUGGCUGGGGCUGCAUAAACAGAAAAAAAAGUGAUUUAACUCCUAAAGGACAGAGAAUUUUGCAGUUAGGUGCAUGAUCUAUACACUAAAACAGCUUCAUUAAGCUGUUUUGGUGACUCUGGUGUCCCUGUACAAUUUUAAUAGCUCCACUUCAUGCUAUUUAUGUUAUAAGAUUAUACCUAUCAUUAUCAGCAAAUCACUGAGUCACCAGAUCAGAGGCAGGGCAAGAAGAAAGGAUAGCAGUAACACUGCUCCCUUGCAUUCAGCCGUGCAUGUAACUCUUGGCACAAGUGUAUUUUAUUAACAUCUUGGCUGAGGGCAUUUGGGGAUAGAAUGGGAGAUGAUCCUUCAGUCAGUUUCUGCUGGCAGCCAGACAUGUUCCUUAUGUACCUGGCUUAUCAUAGGGGAAAUCAUUUGCACUGGUGCCUCCCUCUGCAUCUGCUACUCAUUUCUGCUACUAGAUAAUUGUAAUCUAUUGAAUUGAAAUCAUCAUUCAUUGUAUGUAGACAUGGUUAUUUGCUAAACUCUUCAUUUUUUUUUUUACAGAUAAAGCUUGAAUAUCAAGAUUGAUGCUAAAAUAGUUGAGGAGUUGCAGAAUUUUUACAAAUCAUCUUUGCCUCAGUUUUGCCAUUCAGAUUUAAUAUGCUAAUAUUUUAAUAUACUUAUGUAUUUCAUUUUGUGGUAUAGUGAAUAACUGACAAUAUCCGCCUCUUUUUAAUUUGAGAAUGUUAAGUUCGCUUCAGAUGUUAAAAAAGAAUAACAGCGGGGAAUUGACAUUGGGCGGGUGAUGACGUGACAUGUGAGCACACACACAACCGCGCCCAUGAGGUUAUGGGUUUGAGGAGGAGAGCGUCCAUACCAUGUGGAAAAAAUAAACGCUGAGAAGUGGAUUUAAGCUGAGUUGACAACCUGUGAGACCCUGUGGUCUACUUGCCGAACGAUUGCUUGGGAAGAAGGGUUGACCUGCUCCACUAUAUUGUGGCUACCUGUCUGCCAUUCUCCCGUGACCGUACUUUCUGUGCUGUGUGGGGGACACGUCUGGCGGUGAGUGGCGACGGUAGGAGGCAGUGGACUUAGGCUGAGUACACCCAGGGAUCACCUGGUUGAAAUAUUUUAGAUCUAGUCAUUAAUCUUAAGUAUUGCUGUUGUAUAAAACUGGACAUUGGACAGGCAAAUAUAUAGCCUGAAUAUUCUACUGGCUGCAACAAAUAAAAAAUUCUAUAUGAUUCUCUAGUAACCUUUUCCAAGAAUAAUUGUGAUGGAAGAUAAAUAUAUAUUUUUUUUCACUCUUCCUAAACCAUUUUCUUGCUGCCUUAUUUGUUUGACUAUACAAUGAAAUGCCUCUGCUAAUAUCUUGUUAAAUACUGUGCUAUUAAGAAACUAUCCAGGGAUGAUUGUGCAAUAUGCAUCAGAUUUAUAUGAGAUUCUCCCGGCUGCUCUAAACUUCUCUAAAAUGCAAACGACAGCUAAAUAAUUUGAUUGAGCAUUGGCUGGGGGUUAGGUUGUUGGGCAGAGUGGGACAAGUAGCUGGGCAGAUUUGGUGACACAGCUGUUGCUGGGGAUAAGAGCUGGUUGGGGAUUGGUUGCUGCCCGCAAGCAAAAGAGCAGGUAGUCAUGUAAGUAUAAAAGUGACAGCACGGGCGCAAUCCCUCUCAGCGGUCUUUCAAGACAGGAGAAGCACAGACGGACCCCCACCGCCUCACCUGUUCCAGCCGCAACAUGUCCUCUAAGGACUUGAUGUCCCCUCUGGAGAAAAUCCUGCGAUCGCCUGUAGCGGAAUCCUGGUUAAGAGACUGCUUCAUUUCAGUGCCGGGGGCUUCCAACGCUGACAGGGAGCCUCCUGUAGCAGCAUCCUCCCCAUCGUCUGAAAGAGGUUCCGAUCAGCGGCACGACUUGCACAGCGGGACAGAGGCGUGCUCAUGCGUGGUACAACUGGGGAAGAGCGCCACAUGCUGGAAAAAAGAGAGAAUGCAGUCCGGUGCAAAAAUCGCCUCCAGAAUUUAAAGAAACGGCUCAUGGAAAGAAGAGAAGGUGUAAAAGAAGCCUGCCCUCUUCCCCUGUACCUGUUGUAGGUCAGGGUAAAGUAGAGGGCCAGGAUGAGAACGUCCUGAUGAAAACAUGAAGAAAGUCGAAUGAUGGGAGUGAGUGUCAUCUGGAUGACAUGCCAGUCCUAGAAGAAAUGGAGAUGCAAGGCAGAGCUGGUACUUCAGUUGAUGAGUAUGAACGCAACUCUGCUGAAUUGGUUAAGAUUAGUGAGACAUUAGCAGUGGUCCUUGACGUGGUAAAGGUUUUUACAGAAAAAAGGAAGCCCAGCUCAGGCUUGGGGUAAUGGGAAUAGUAGUUAAAAAAUAGGAUUUAUUAAUGAAUAUGGUAAGAAAGAAGCUCUGCCAUGUGCAUGUUUUCAUGUAAUAUAUAUAUUUUGAAAGGUGAACAUGUUGAAUAUGGUGAUUUGCUGUCGCUUUGCCUUCAGCAAAGGAUUUUCACAAAGCAGAGAGUGACAAGGAUGAGGAAAAGCGUAGAUUGAUCCCACGUGAUUUUAAUAACUGGCUGCAAGAUUUUUUGUUUUUCUGAGUUGUACUGGGAGAGAAGAAGCCAAAAUCAUGUGGCGGACUUUUCCAACAUGUGGAAGUUAUAUAGAGGCUUUUAAGAAUUUUGGCGAAUUAGCGUGGUUUGAACUUUUCAAACAAAGACUGGCUGUCCACUCUUCCAUGAAAUGGGGAGUGAAGGAUGUUAGUCUUUGGCUGAAUCUAAUGCUGCCUCAGAGAUUGUUGGUUAAAGCAGCGACUAAUGUCGGCACUUAUAGCACAAUAGGAACGAUGAAAAGGCCUAUGUUGGGCAUUUAAUGAAUGGCAUUGUAAAUGGCCAAAUACGUGUAACUUAAGCAUUAGUGCGCAUGCUGUGGUGGAAAUCAUUCCGCCUUUCGCUGCUUUAACAUAAUUGCCGCAGGAUCCAGUCAGGGAAAAGACCAGUUUCAAAAGGCAUGGAUACCAGUGCAGCUUGAAAGGAGUCUUCCAUUUCUCCAGGCGUACCCAAGCAGGGAGGGAGCUAAGUUAUUGCUUCAAUGUCUUGCAGAAGGUUUAAGAUUCCAAUGAUUUCUGGUUCAGUUGUUCAUAAUUUAAAAUCUGUUUUUCAGGAUGCUGCAUCUGUCAGCAGGAAAUUGCAAAAGGAGUUAAAAUUAGUUAGAAUAGCGGGUCCUUCUGACCGGCCUCCUCUUGCAAAUUUUCGCCUUUCUCCUUUAGGUUUAAUUCCUAAAAAAGGGACGGGUCAUUCAGGCUAAUUUCAGUGGCCUUUGCAUAUUCUGAUGAUGCACUCGGAGGGGUAUGUGAAUUUGGACCGGGUGCCAUAAUGGCUAAGGUGGACAUUGAGUCAGCAUUUUAGGCUAUUGCCAGUGCAUCCCUCUGUGAAUUUUAUUUUGAUAAAUGUUUACCAAUGGGUUGCUCCAUUUCCUGUUUUUAUUUCUAAGCUUUUCUUCAUUCUUGGAAUGGUUUGUUAAUAUUGAGACCGGUUUAUAUUCUAUUGUACAUUAUCUGGAUGAUUUUUGCUAAUUGGUCCUAGUUCAGGUUCAGAAUGUGUUAAAGUUUUUCUGUAGUUUAGCCGGAUGGUUUGGUAUUCGGUUAGCAGUGGAGAAGACAGUGUCAGGGACAUGUAUUCAAUUCUUAGGAAUAACAAGUGACUCUGUUGAAUUUGAAUGUAAGCUGCCAGCAAAAAAGAUUGAUUAGUUAAACAAAAAUAAAACCAUAUUGGAUUCUUUUAGCAAGCAAGCAAAAAAAAAAAAAAGCAAUGGUAAAGCAGUUUCACUCGUGAUUAAGCCUGUUAGCAUUUGCAGGUUGUAUGAUGCCUAUAGGAAGAAUUUUUUGUAGGCGAAUGGCUUUGGCUUGUGUAAAAAGAAAUCAAUUCAAAGUUUCGUAAGGAUUUCUGCAGAAAUUAAAGAAGAGUUAAAAGUUUGGGAUCAAUUAUUACAAGAAUACAAUGGCUGUUCAUUAUUGCAAACGGAAUUUCAGGAUAAUGAAACUUUAGGAUUAUUUGUGGAUGUCGCAGGGUCAGUUGGUUUUGGCAUAUUCUGGAACAAAAAAACUGCCUUUGCACAGUGGCCAGAUGAAUAGGUGGAACAAGGGUUAACCACAAAUUUAACCCUGCUGGAACUGUUACCAAUUGUAUCAGCAAUUUAGACUAGGAACUGCAGAGUAGACAAAUUUGUUCCACUGUGACAAUAAGUCGGUGGUACAUCUCAUUAAAUCAAUGCAUUCUAAAGGUGGAUUUGUUAUUAAUUUGUUGCGAAAGCUAGUAUGGUUAUGUUUUAAACAUAAUAUACGGUUAAAGGCUGUGCAUAUUCCGGGUAUUGAGAAUAAAAUAGCUGAUGCUAUCUCUCGUUGUCAGCUCAGAUCUUUCAGAAGUUUAGUGCCGAACACAGAAGAAGAGUGCGUGGAAUUGCAAAAAAUGCCUUUGGCAAUUAAUCUGGACGAGUUAUCCAGCAGGUGGAAAUAUAGAAGCUGCCUUCUCUUUUGUGAUUCAAUUUAUUAAUAAUGGUAUAUCUAAACACACCAUCUCCAGACGCUUAGCAGGUGUAACAUGAUUUUGUGGUUUUUAGGUAAGUCAGUAGUAGGGAUCACAAUGCAUUUGUGAUUAAACAGUUGUUAUAAGGUUAUUUUAAAGGGGCUUGAGUUGCUGACGGUAGGCGUCCCAUAGCUUAUUCAGUGUUAGGAGAUUUGCUUGAUGCUUGAACUCUGUUAUUUACAAUUCAAGAGAUUAAGGAAGAAUUAAUUCAAAAGAAUAAUUACUUGGAAAAGAAGAUUUCUAUAUUGGAGAACACAUUAGUCAUUCUGGAGGAUCGCACAUGAAGAAAUAAUGUAAAAGUAAGAGGCGUCCCAGAAUCGAUUGCUUCAGAUCAAAUGGAUCAAUAUUUAAGAGUAGUCUUUUCUAAAUUUAUACCUGCAGAUUCGGCUUAGGGGAAUACCCAUUCAAAAGAUUGCACAGGCUCUACAGGCCUAAGAAUAUAUCACCGGAUAUAUCAAAAGAUGUAAUCGUACGUUUCUCUAAUAACUUUAUUAAAAAUGUAAUUAUACAAGCAGGUCAGAAAAAUCAAAUUCCCAACCCAUAAUGUAAGGAUAUCAAGCUAUUCACAGAUCUUUCUUUGGUAAAGCGUCAAGCAAGGAAGCGAUAUAUGAAUCAAACCUCUAUCCUUAGAGCAAAUAAUAUCAAAUAUAGAUGGAACGUCCCUACUGCCUUAAAAGUGGUUUUCUAAGAUCAACAGCAUCUCUUUAAAGAUUCCUUGGCAGCGCAAGAGGCAAUUCAGUCAUAGAAACUAUAGAAGAUCUAAGAAUGACUAAGAAGACUAAGUUGUAAUGUAAUUCAACACCAAUGAGAUUUUUUUUUGUUAUUGGUUAUCCUUCUUACAAAUACAGGAGGUUAAUUCUUAUUUAUAGACCUAUUAAGGUCAUAUUGAUAACUCGGAGAUGAAUAAUACCAUUCUGAAUGUAGUAAAUAUGGGCUAUAUUCUAUAGAUAAUUGAGGUUACAUAUACUUUUUUGUUUCCCAUUUGGCCUCUCACAAUGCUUUAUUGACAAAUAUCAAUUUAAUGAUUAUCCUACAUUAUUUUGCUAACCCCAAACUAAAUAAUAAUUUUGGGGUAAGAUGCAAUGUUAUGUAUGUAGGGGUAGAGGGGGAGAAGGGAUAUAUGUAAUGUUGGUUUAGGAUAAAUUGUGUAUACGUAUAUUAAUAACUAAUAUUAUUUGGGUAUAAAGGGUAAGAGCCAUGAAAUGCAUUAAUGAUGGGAUUAUUUAUAUUACUCCACUCAAGUUACGUUUGUAACUCAUGGGGUAAAUACUAUUAGCUAUAAGUAGGUAAUUAUUAUCAUGUUCAUAUAGGUAUAAAUGAGGAGAUAUGCUGCCAUUUAUGUUAUAUAUCUUGGAAGUAAUCUUUAAGAUUUUAUGGUAUUUGUUUUGCAUUUUAAGGGAGUUAAUUAUACCCCCCACUUUGCACUUAUCAGGUUUAAUCCUGAUAAUUAGGGGUUAUAGUCGAUCCAAUUUAAUAGGUUAAAUUAGAUUAAGAUUUAAGAAAGGGACUUUGACACAGUUUAUAUGGGGUAUAGGGUUACAGUAUAAAUAAGUGAGAAUAAGGGAGAGGGGAAUGAAAAAUGAUAGGAAAGAAAGAAUAAUGAAAGCACAAAGGGAUUAUUGCUAUAGAAAAAGAGUUCACACUAUUAAUAUGUCAAUAUUCAUUUAUAUAAGUCACUAACUAGUGGAUUAGAUAAUGCCAAUUAAUUCUCAAUCUAAAUAUUCUAUGACUUUUGUAAUAAUUUCUUUUUACCCCUUUCUUCUCAUCCCCCUUUUAUCCAUAUAGGAAAAGCAAUUUAAUAUGAAAUUGUAGGAAUCUAUAGAUGAUUGCUUAGUAUAUUGGCCUCAACUAGAUCAUAUCACUCAUGUUUUGGCAUAUUCAAAUCCAGGUGUUAUAAUUAAAAUCAAAGCAAACAAAUAACAAGCUAGGAAGUGCAAAAUGCGUUAGUUAUUGUUUAUUAUUGUACUUUUUUUUCCUUCUCAUUUUUGGUGUACCCAGAUUUUGGGGCAUCUCCUCCUCUUCCCAUAACUCUUUUUCCUGCAAAUUUGUCAGGGGGUAUCAAGUGGAAACAUGUAUUUUCUUCUUUUUAUGUUUCCUUCUCUUCUUAUAUGCUUUUUUAUGUAUGUUAUUAUUAUUUUUCAUGUAAGAUGUGACUUGUGGCCAACUGGAAGUUACAUUUACAAUGACUACUCUUAAGCUGAUCUCUUGGAAUGUCCAGGGAAUGAAUUCCCCCCCAAAAAGGGGUUCAGUGUACACAUUUUUAAUUGAGAACAAUAAUGUGGCCUUUAUCCAGGAAACUCACUGGUUUGACUCCCCAAACAGACUUUGGAGAUUUAAGAAAUACCCGAAAGUGUAUAGCGCCAAUAUGGAGAGGAAACGGAACAAAAGAGGGAUCGUUAUUAUUAUUUCAAACAAAGUUAAAAUUUUUUUUUUUUAUAAUUUGUUUAUUUCAUUUUUCUUAUAUAACCAUACAAGACAUUACCAUCAACCUUAAUGAUAUAGAAAACAUAAAAAGUAUUGCCAUCUACCACCAAUUAGAUAAAAAUUGUAGAAUUAUAUGUAUACUCAAUACUAUUGCACACAUAAUAGCCUUUGUGAUAUUAGAGCUUUUUCCCCUUUUCAUUAUUCUACUAAAUUAUUUUCUAGAUCUAGACCAAACGCCAUAUUGGAAAAGAAGAAUGAAGAAAAAUCAAUCUACAUGUCUAAAAUAUUUUUAUCCGGCAUCCCUCUAAUAUUAAAGUUCCUUUUAUCUAUCGUAUAAGGCAACUUAAUUCACGAUUAAUUAUUACUUAAAUUAGGUAGAUGGCAUUCCAAACUUCAUUAAUAUGAUAUACAUAACAAACAUAAAAGACAAACAUUUAUUUUUAUGCAUUGCAAACUCUUCUUGGGGUAUUUCAGUGGCACCUCUAUUACUACCUUAAUAUACUAAACAGAUAAAGAUGUAGGAAAAAGGGAGAAACUGAUCUAAUUACUUUAAUUUUAUCCAAAAUUUUAUCUGGCCAUACUCUCCACUUUUUCUUUCCAAAAAUUACUGACGUCUCUAACUUUAAUUGACUGAUGUCCGAGGGCCUCCAUAUUUAAUUGAUAUUGGACUUGAGAAUAUAAUUGGGCUUGUGUAAAAUUUGCACUACUCUUCCAAUUCCUUGCAAUGAUUAUUUUUGUUGCUGCUACAAAAUGGACGUAUAUAAAUUUAUCCUUGAAAAGGAGUGAUUGCAAAUUUAAGUGAAAUAAACCAUUAUGAUGACCCCUAGGGAUUUUUAAUUCUGUGAUAUUCUCCAAUGAAUCGAAAGCCAUAUACCACAGGAUUUUCACCUUACUGCACUCCCACCAUAUGUGUCCAAAGGUCCCCUCUUUUUCGUUACAUCUCCAACAAAUUGGAGACUUGGAGAUAUACAUUUUGGCUAGUCUGGUAGGGACUAAAUACCAGCGGUUCAUUAAUUUAAAUAAUACUUCAAGAAGGUUCAGACAAUGGAUUAUCUUACUUGUUUGAUAUAGUACUUGAUCCCAUUCAGACUUAAGAAUCUGUACAUUUAACUCUUUACUCCAUUUUUGGAUAUUUACAUUUAAAUUUGGAGCUUCAAUUUGGAGGAGAGCAAUCCUUGCCUUUGAGACUAUUUGCGGUAUGAUCUCAUUUUUUAAUAAAACUAUCAGGUUUUCUAUGCCCACUGUAGGUCGGUAUAGCAAAUAUUGUUUGAUAAAACUUCCAAUUCUUAAAUAAUUACACCACUCCUUCCAGGGUAAUGAGAAUUCUUGUAUCAGAUUUUCAAAUUAUUUAAUUUUGUCACCCAUUAUUAUUUGAUUUAUAGAGUCAAUACCUUUCCUUGUCCAUUCCCCUAAAUUUAGAUCCUUCAUCCUUAGUUGGAUAAUACUAAGGUUAAAAUUUCCCAAUAUUUUAUUACAUAAACCACUAUUAAUCUUCAACUUUUCCCACUCCAUUAAUAUAGAUUUCAAACAUGUAUUGGAGGAACAGACUUUUUUGGUUCUUUCAUCUUGUUUAGUUAACCAAAUCAAAUGAUGUAAAUUUUCCAUUUCUGUCAUCUCCAAUUCUAGUUGGUACCAACCAACUUCCUCUGAACUUAAUAAUUGUGUCUUAUAUAUAUGGAACAUCAUAUUUGCUAGAUAAGUUAUAGUAACAUUUGGAAAAUUUAUCCCUCCUUUCCUAGUCUUCUGCAUCAAAAGUUGUUUAUUCAUCCUCGGCCUUUUUCCUUUCCAUAUAAAAUUAUUUAUAUCUCGUUGUAUCAUAGAUAACCAUGGUUGUGGCAUUCUCAAGGGGAUCAUACGGAAUAAAUAAGACCAUUUAGGUAGUAAAUACGAAUUAACCAAAUUAAUUCUGCCCCACCAAGACAGUUCAGUUUGUCUCCAUCUCUUUAAAGACUCAUGUGUCGAUCUAAAUGUUUUCAGAAAAUUUACUUGGAGCGUAUCUUUUACAUCAUCAGUGAGAAUUAUACCCAAAUACGUUAACAAAUUUUUAUUACAACUAAAUUUAUAUUUAUCUUUAAUCUGUUGAAUAGAAUCUCUGGAAAUAUUUAUUGCUAAAAAAGUGGAUUUAAUUACAUUUAUUUUAUAAUUUGAGAUCAGACUAUAUUUGUCUAUUUCUGCCAUCAGUGCUUUAAGCGAUUCGACAGGGUCGGUUAGGGUCAAUAUCAGAUCAUCUGCAUAUAGAUUUAAUUUAAAUUCUUUUUCUCUGAGUUUGAAUCCUUUAAUUUGAGGGUUAUCUCUUAUUUUAAUGGCUAAGAUCUCCAUUGUCAUUAUAUAUAAAAUUGGCGACAAAGGACAUCCCUGUCUCGUGCCAUUUUUAAGUGUAAACCACUCUGGGCAUAUGUUUGGGGCCACUGUUCUUGCUUUAGGACCUUCAUAUAAUGCCAGAAUAGCAUUUAGCAUCCUUCCCUGAAUUCCGAAUCUUUCCAGCGUUUUCCUUAAAAAAUCCCAACCGACCCUGUCGAAAGCUUUCUCGGCAUCGACCGCCAAUACAAAUAAAGGUUUGUUACUUCUUCUAGAUACAUCUAUCAGAUCCAAUAAUCUUCUAGAGUUAUCUACUGGAUCUCUACCUUGUACAAAACCGAUUUGGUAAUUUUUAAUUAUAUUAUCCAUUAAUCCUCUUAAUCUAUGGGCCAAAACUGAAGAAAAUGUUUUAACAUCUGUAUUGAUUAAGGAGAUAGGUCUAUAAUUUUCUACCUUUAGAGGAUCUUUGUUAUCUUUAAGAAUUGGAAGAAUAUUUGCACUCAACAUUUCUGUAGGGAAUUUACCAACUGAUACAAUUUCGUUAAACAUGUCUGUUAGGUGGGGAACAAUAAGUUUUUUAAAUGAUUUAUAAAAUAUAUUUGCGAAAACAUCUGGACCUGGCGUCUUAUCUGGUUUUAAUUUGUUUAUUACUACCUCUACUUCCUGAGCUGUAAUUAAAGUAUUUAGCUUAUUAGUUUGUUCUAUUGUAAUCUUAGGAGUAUUAAUUUUACUCAGAUAGUCCUCCUCAUUGGUUAUCGAGGGAGUUAAAUUAUACAAAGCCUCAUAAUACUUAUUAAAUCUCUCCCCUAUUUUUUUUGGGUCCAGAUAUACCCCAUCUUCAUCCUCUAUCUUUACUAUUUUAUUGGAUCCAAUUUUAUCUCUUAAUUUUUUGGUCAUAAUUCUAUCUGCUCGAUUUCCCUUAUAGUAGUAAUUAGCUUUGAGUUUAUUCCUAAUUUUUACAUUCUUUGCUAUAAGAAAAUUAUUAAUUCUAUUCUGAAUACUUUUUAGCUCGUCUGCAUUUUCUUUAGAGGGAAACUGCUUGUUCUUACUUGCAGCCUUUUUCAGUUCUGUUUGUAAUACCAUAAAAGAUCUAUUAUUUUCUACUUUAUAUCUUGUUUGAAUACUUAUUAUAUCAUUUGGAUCGUUUUCAAGAAAAAAGGUUACUAUUUGUUUUUCCAAUAUAUCAAGAUUGAUCUUAGAUUUUAACAAAUUAUCAUCCAUAUGCCAGGUAUCACGACCAAUCCUGAUCCACUGAUUCUUCAUCUCCCACAUAUUAAUACCAAGUCUGACCAAGUAUUAUCAAGUAUCUUAAAAUAUUUAAUAUUCGUCAAUGCUGUCAUAUUUCCCCAAACCAUAUCUAUUCGGGAAUACGAAAGAUGUACCCGUGAAAAAAACGUAUAUUCCAAUGAAUUAGGAUUAGUCGUUCUCCAAAGAUCAAAAUAAUCAAAAUUAAUCAUAUUUCUCUUAAUAGAUUUUGCCAAUUUAUCUGUUCUUUUUUGAUGUAAUAGUAUUGAAGAUGUCUUCUUAUCUAAUAUCGGAUCCAAUACACUAUUAAAGUCCCCAGCCACCAAACAUGUACCUAUUUUGACAGAUUCCAUUAAAGUUAAGACCUUUUUUAGGUUGGAGCAGGAAAGUCAUUGGGCAGAUAUAUAUUAGUCAAUGUAUAAGGUAUCUCAUUCAAUUUACAACAAACUAUAACAUAUCUACCUUCCUUAUCUUUAAUUUGAUGAAUUAUAUCCACUUUUAAUGUGUGGGAAAAUACUAUUGCUACUCCUCUUUUUUUUUUCUCCACUUAAAGAAGCAUGUAUCAUUAUAGGGAAUUUUGAACCACCCCAGCCCUGACUAUCCAUAUCCAACCAGUGAGUCUCUUGAAAAAAGCCCACUUCCACUUUAUUUCUUAACAUAUAAUCAUAGAUUAAAGAUUUUUUGGUUAAAGAAUUAAGGCCUUGGACGUUAACUGAAAUCAUCUUUACCAUUUUAAAUCAAAACUCAUUGUUUCCACUGACCCCAAGAGAGCUGCAAUGCAUUCACAUACAACACAAAAGGUCCAUUGAACAUAGACCCACAAAAACCUUAUGGGAAAAACACCCAGUCUGGCCCAACACAGCCUGGCUCCCGAAAGGUUUCCUCUCGGCAUACCACUCCAGGGCCAUCUGUGUCCUCGUGAGAUGGUGUUUAGAUUCACCAUAUCACGGAAUUUGUGUCAACAGAAGAGAUGACACUUGGUGGGACGGUAUGAGAAGAGUAACCGAAAAUCUUAUUCCUUAUAUUUAAGAAAACUCUACUAUCUCAUAUAAUACACAGAGGAGAGAGAAAAAAAGAAGAAAAAUCUUAUUUACAACCUAGAUUCCCCGAUAGUUAUGAAUAUAUAAUCACUAACAAUUUAUGUAGUUCCAUUAUUUUGAAAGGUCUAUCCAAUUGGUUAUAGAAUAUCUGCCAUUCUUCUUAUAUAACUUACUAUUACCACCCAACCAAUUGUGUGUUUGUGUGACAAUAUAUACAAAUCUAUCUCUUAAGUAUAACAAAUCCUACCAUGUGUUUUAAUCCUAUGAUAAUUAUUUAUAUAUUUUCGUGAAUAAUUUAUCUUCCUACUGUGUAUACAUAAUCCAUCCUUCCAUAGUUGAUUCUUUCCGUGAUUCUUAUUUAAAUUACCAGAAUCUCCUAACACUUUAUCAAUUUCUAAUUCUGUGUGUAAAAAUUGCAUCCCUUUACUGUAUUAAGACUAUCUAAUUUUAUAAAUUUACUCAAUCUAUUUGCAUAUUUUCUCCUUUAGAAUAUUAACACUUAACUUCCAUCUUAACAUGUGUAGAAAUAAACCCACCAUUCACUUAUUAUUAACACUUAUUCUUAACCUUUUGCCUAUCUCCAUCCUUUACGUGUUAGCUAUCUAUUAGCACCAAACCAGCCGAGAGAGAGAGAAAAAAAAAAAUUAUAUAUAAUUCUAAUUGUUCAUUUUCAUCCAGACAGCUGCGAACUACGAAGCAUCUUCAAUUUUUGAUUAUUAUUCCUGAAUCAUAUAGCACCCGCUAUAGAUUGUUCUUCCAUCCAUUUUCUCAAAGAAUGCAGAGUAGUAAAUUUUUCAUUUUUUUCUCUCCAGAAGAUCCUAAGGCAUAUAGGAAAUCCCCAUAUAUAUUUCACUUCUUUGGCUCUUAAUAUGGAUAGUUCCUGGCUAAAGCCUUUCCGCCAUGCUCUUGUAUGGAAAGAUAAGUCAGGGAAAAUCUUCAAGUUCUUAAAUCUCUCUUCUGUGACCGGAUUAUUUCUCACAGAACUCAUUAUUUGAUUUUUAAUAUAAAAAGAUUGAAAUUUAACAAUUACAUCUCUUGGUAAUGAUUCUGCCACAUUUCUAGGUCUAGGUAACCUGUGGUAUCUCUCUAAUUCUGAAUCUUGAAAACCAGCUUGAGAUAAUAUUGUUUCAAAGUAUUCCAUCAGAAAUUUUUUCAGUGAAGAAUCGUUAAUUUGAUCAGGAAUAUUACGGAUUCUUAUAUUGGUUCUCCUGGAACGAUCUUCCAAAUCAUUUAAUUUGUCCUCCAGUGAUUCUACCUUGGAUUGUAGGUCUGUCAUUACUGACUCUAUGUGCACAUUUUUUAAGUCUGUUUGCAUCAUCUUAGAUUCCAUAGAUUCCAAUUGGACUUUCAUAUCUCUUAUCUCUUGUUUUAAAUCUAAUGAUCCUUUUUGGAUAUCUUCUUUAAUAUUGUUCUGUAAUUUCUCCAGGUAAUUAAUUAAAAUCUCUUCAGUUAGAGGUUUACCUGCUUGUGCAAUAUGAGAGGGAUUAGAGUUAGAUUUGGGGGGAGGGGAGUUGUCCUGAGUUUCAGAAUUCAGUUGGAAUUUGUUUGGAGGCGGGGAGAAAUAUCCUGAUAACCUUUUAUCAGUGAUAGGGUCUUUUUUUUCUCUUUUUUUUCUUUCCUCCUGUGGCUUUCUGGUUGCCAUUUUAUUUUCUAUAAAAGGUCUUCUAUACUUGUUGCUCUUCCCUUUUCUUUCUUAUUAUUUUUCUCAAUUUCUUAUCCUUUUAUUUUCUCCUCAAACUUCACCUUACCCUCUUUUUUUUGGGAAACUCUUUUUCUUUAUUUUUAAUCUUUUUCUCCUUUUUCCCACUCUUUUCUUCUCAUUUCUUCAUUUUUUUUUUUUUUUGACUGCCAAGCCACAAAACUUAUCCACAAUAUUUGUAAUUCGAUUAUUCGAUAAUUUUUUGAGGCUUCACUCCUCAGCUUUCCCCCCCCCUCCUAAAAGUUCGCAGAGAAAAAAAAAUAAAAAAAAUUAUUUACAAUAUUUACAGUAGUUUCUGUUUUCUAUUUUCCACUCUCAACCCCCUUCUCUCUAUCACCCUCUCAAAUGCAGUGUUACUCUGUUCGUUUUAAUUAUGUCAGUAGAACAUGAAAGCAGACUUAUCUUUUCAAGCCUACAUGCCCGGCUUAUAUGUCGAGAGGAACUUCUCUUCACACCGGACCGCCAGUGCAACUCCGAAUGACCCACACAAUCUGCUACAGAGAGAGUUGAAGUCCGAGGUUUCAUCCACCCGGUUCAGCUCCGGCUCUCGGUCACUCACUCCACGCUCACUCGACCCGCCAGAAAAAAACCGCCGCCGGCCACUCUCCACCACACCGCCCCUCCCCCCACGCAGACGCGCACCCGCCUACGUCAUCACGGCUCUCCCAUACAGAAUCUUGAUUUAAGAAAUACCCGAAAGUAUAUAGCGCCAAUAUGGAGAGGAAACGGAACAAAAGAGGGAUCGUUAUUAUUAUUUCAAACAAAGUUACAUUUGAAUAUGUGCACUUGUAUAUUGAUAUUAAUGGUAGAUUUGUAAUACUUAUCUCUAAAAUUAAUGAUGUUCUUUAUACAUUUGUUAAUAUAUACGUGCCGAAUUAUAGUCCAGUGAGUUUUGUUGUGGAUCAAAUCAAGUGUUUGAUUACUUGAAUAUCUGCCCCUGUCCAAAUAAUUAAAUAUAUGCGUGCACGCUCCUUAAGUAAUUCACACCAGACACAAGUUUCAGGUUACUGAAAAACUUGAGGAAUGUUUAUUCAGGGGGCGGGAGGCCCCUUAUAAAGAAAAGAAUACAUCAUAUGCAUAAUUAUAGAUAACAGUAAGUAAACAUCCAUAAUUGGUUAGGUGUUAAGUGUUUUAUCUAAUGCCAUCCCACAGGGUGUGAUGUCACUGUCAUCAUGGGUUUCGCCUCCAGAUUCCAGUGCCAUCUUGUUACAUGAGGUGGUUAGUCGAUGGGAGGGGGAGCUUCUAGUAGCCAUUUUGAGUAAAUAUUGAAUAAUACUGAUUGUAGGUAUGCAGAGUAAAUAGGCAUUUUACUAAUUCUAAUAGUAUGUCCAUAACAGUUUCUUGAAUGGGAUAAUUGACAAGGUGGAUGAUCUUGCUUGUUGUUACGUAAUUUUUGGGGGUGAUUUCAAUUGAGUUGCAGACCCUAGAGUAGAUAAAAGCCAUAAACAUAAUAGAGAUCAACUUUCUCAAAAAUCUGAUCUUUUAGAGUUUUCUUAUUUUAUGAGAAGGAACUCUUUAUAUGACUGUUGGAGAACUCUUAAUCCUAAUGAGAAAGACUAUACCUUUUUAUCUAAUGUACUUCAGACAUAUUCUCACAUAGAUUUAUUUUUGGUCAAAGCGGGACCCUUAGCAUCAGUUACUAAAUCAAAUAUCGGGUCUAUAAUUUUAUUGAAAGAAAGGAGGAGGAGACCACAGCCCAGACAGUAUAAUUAAAAAUCGUAUACGUACACAAGUCUUUUGUGGUAUUAUAUCUACAGUUGACCUCAAAAACAAAAAGACAUGAAAGAAUAAUAGUGCAAUAUGCUAGAUUCAGUGAGUUAGUAUUCAAAUAUUCUUAUAAGGUGUCACUCACAUUUACCAGAGCUAACUCAGAGCUCAGCUGUUAGUAAGCGUGGAUGGAACAAUCCCCGUCUAAGGAUAUAUGUAGAGGUUGGCAUCUUUUCUAGUCUUAGGUAAAGUGCAAUAUGCAGGUCAUAUAUAAAAAGACAUAGAGAGAUAAUCCAAAUAGUGAAAUAGGUACUAUUAGAUGUUUUAAAUAAAAAAAUUUUUUAAUGUACUCCGUUUACUAGAGCAGAACUUGCUCUAGUGUAUACAGCAUGGGUGGUAUAAUCCCCACCUGGGAAUAUGAUGGAAACCAGGAAAUAAAAUCGAAGAUGUAGAGUAAAAUUUAAAAAAAAUUAAAUUUACCUUUUAUUAACAAAAACAAUAAAAAUCUGUAUAGAGUAUCUUUAAGGAGUCCCACGUGUUUCACCCGUGGAGGCGUCUUCAGAAGUGUGGGGGUUAAAUCCUAAUUGCAUCAGUUUAUAUCGGUAGUCUCUUAAUGAUGAUUAUCUCCUGGUGUUUCAUUUCCUAUUUCCUGUAACCACUGUUGGAACGCACGCGUCACACAGGAGGUGACGCAGCGUUUUGGUGUAGUGGUAAUCUAUGCGUUCCACUGUGGAACGUAAACGAAGCUCAAAAUGGCGUUGCUGCGUUCCAAUCGGUACAUACCGAUAUCAGAAGUGGAGAGAGAAUUUACAUCCACUAAUUGUGUGUUAAUUGAAUGUUGAUAGAGUCCAUCCUGUUAUAGUAGUUACAAGUCGAUCCAAACAUCCGGCAGAAGUCGCAUCACACAUAAUUUCUUCUAUAUUUCCAAUGAUUUUCGGCCAUGUCAUAGAAGGGCAAAGUGUGGGAAAAUGGGGCUUAAUAGUUGUAAUAGUACAUAAUCUUAGCAGCCUAUGAUGUUUUAAAUUACAAUGUGGUAUGAAUAUAUUGUAUAUUGCCAUAUUGUAAAUACAACUAUAAAUAUAAAUAGUUGAAAAAUUGUAAAUAAACUAAUAAAGAUUGGAAUUUAAAAUGCACAAAUAGUCUAUACAAUAUUUCAGUGCAUAUAGUGAUUAAAAACAUACAUGAAAGUUAACAAAUGGGUAUUAGGUGCAUAUAGUGGCAUCAAAAAUGUGAAAAAAGCACAAGUAAUGUUCCUUAUAUAAAAUGAACAUGCAAAUCAUAUUAUACACAUGCAUUAUUGCGGUUGUUAUAGCUGAGACAGGUAGAAGCUGAUAAUCAGAGAUGGUUGUAAUAAUAAAGGGUAUAAGAUAUGUAAUUAUAAUUAAAAUCUGUAUAAAACUAUAAUAUUUAUAAUUAAAUAAUUAUAUAUAAAAAUUGCAUAUAUAAAAGGAUUGUACAAAAAACAUUUAGACUUCUUCUUUGAUAAAAAUAUUUUUAGAAAGAUUUACUAGAAGAAAUUUAUAAAAAGUUAUAUAAAUCUUGUCUUGUGAACUUGAGAACUUUGAAUCUACAAAUGACAAUGGCGAAGUAUCUACUUCAUUGGUGUGGUAUACUUUUAAAAGCUAUGUAAGGGGUCUCUUGAUAAAAUUGGGUUCAGACUUCAUAAAAAGGAAAAAUGAGGGAUCAUUGGCGGAAUUAAAGGUUAAACUAGCUCUCAAGGAAAGAUUAAAUAAAAUUAAGGUUGACAAAGUGCUGAUAAGAGAGAUAGCCAGAUUAAGGGAAAGCAUUAAAGAAAGAUUAUAUGAUAGGGUAAACAAAAACAUUGCUUUUCUUAAACAAAGGUCGUACCAUAAUAACAACAAAGUUAAUAAAUCUCUAGAUAGAUCUCUCAAAUAAAAUCAAGAACAAGCUUAAGGGUAAAUCUAUAAAAAAAAAAAUAUUGAUUGGGUAUAAACAACUAUCUUGCCCAAAGGAUAUAGCCCAAUCAUUUGGGGACUUUUAUAGAUCAUUAUAUAAUUUAAAUGAUGUUAGAAAAAGCAGUAAAGAAAUGGAAGAAUUUCUUGAUAAGAUUUCUUACAUUUACCGAAGUUGAAUCAAGAAAAAAUAGAUAUCCUGAAUGCUCCAUUUGUACUAUCUGAAAUUAUUGAAGCAAUAGACCAUCUUAAAUUAAAUAAAGCUCCGGGCCCUGAUGGCUUUUACGCAAUUUUUUAUAAAAAAUUUCUAGAAUUAUUGCACCUAUUCUUUUGAAAGUUUUUUUUAGAAACCUCGUCUGAGAAUCCCCUACCUAACGAUAUUUUAUUGGCAUUAAUCAUCCCUAUAUCAAAAGUGGGUAAGGAUCCGUCUUAUAUUACCAAUUACAGGCCAAUUUAUCUUAUCAAUAUAGAUAUAAAAUUAUUUUCCCAGAUCCUGUGAUCUGGUUAACAUUGAUCAAUCCGGCUUUGUCAUGGAGAGAAGUACUACAGAUAAUACACGUAGAAUUUUUAACAUAAUUCAUAGGAUUAAUAACAAUGAAUUGGGAGUGGUUGCCAUGGCCCUCGACGCCGAGAAGGCCUUUGACAGAGUCAACUGGAGAUUCCUUGACUCCGUCUUGGGUCGUGGGCCAGUUUAAAGAAAGACCCAUGCUAUUGUAUGCGAACUCCUCAGCAAAAAUAAUUCACCCUUUUUUUUUAAUCCAAACCCUUUCUGAUAAAAAAUUGAACUAGACAGGGCUGCCCUUUAGCACCCCUAUCCUUACCAUAGAGCUGUUAGCAAAACAGCAGAGAGAAUAGAAUAUAUAUGCAGAGAGAAUAGGAUGAAGAAGAUGAUAUAUCAGAUCUAUAUAUCUUUCUAGUUUGGUUAAUGGUCAAUUUAAACACUCUUAAAUUUCUUAAUUUCGUAUGCCUUGAUGAUACAUGCAUAUACUCUCAAUUGCUUAUUUUAUUCUACUUAUCAUAUGAGGAAAUAUUUAUGUAUAACAGCGUCUGUUAAUAUAUUAUACUCUUAAAUUCUAUUUCAUUGUAUAUUGCCUAUUUAUGAAACCAAAUAAGAAUAAAGAUAUAAAAAAAAAUCCAAUCCCAUACAUACAAUCAAGCAUAGAUAGUUAUAUUGCAGUACAUUCUCUUCAUUCGUAAAGAAUCAAUGGGGUAAUUUAUAACAAGUUAAUCUGAAGCACAGGUCAAAAUAUGGAGGAAUCAGUCCUUGGUAAUUGCUUCAUAUUAUGCAAAUAAUUAACCAUACUGUGUCUUUGUAACUUUAUCAAGACUGUUAUAAGUGGUCAAAUUUUCGUAGCAAAAUGAAACUAAAAUAAGUUUAAAAGUGCAUUUUCUUCCUAGAUGCUAUGUGCAAAUCUCUAUGUGUUGAUCUUGGGGUUUGCUAGAGUUUCUAAGAGUUACUUGGACCAGAUGACGUAUAACUUGUUCAUUUCUUUAAAACUUAGCUUGUUUGAGCAGUGCCUUUUUAACCUUUUUAUCUCCUAUUCUUGUCUGUAAACUACUUCUUGUUAUAUAUCCACAUUGUAUUUAUUUUUUGUAAAUAUAUUUACAAGUUUUUUUUUUUUUUGUUUGACUGACAAAGAAACAAAAUACAACUGUGUAUAAGAUGGUGCAGUUAAAUCUGGUGUGGUCACGCAGGACCUCCGGGAAUCAUAUCUUUAGUGUACAAGGCUAUACAGUUUCUUUUAGAAAAAAAAAAAGAAUAACAGCAGCUUUAACAAUCAAAGAUUGUGGGAUUGACUAACCUAAACAUAGAAUUGUAAGCAUAUUAAUACCUCAAUUUAAUAUAUUUGGAUAUAUUUUCAAAUGAUUUUAUAUUUUUGGAUAAACUUUAAAAAAAGAUGAAAUAUCUAAAAAUAUAUAUAAAUUAUCAAUAUAUCAAAUAUAUCAAAAUAUUUAAAUAAAACAUGCUUUAAAAAAAAGUUUGUUCAAAAAUAUUAAAUAAUUUGAAAAGGUUAACUAAAUAUAUUAAAUAGAGUCCAUCAUUUACUUAAUUGUGUGUUUAGUGAUUAACCCUGUUAUGACAAAUUGAAAAUUAAAUUAAAAAAUUUAGGCUAACAUAACUAAACUGUGAUAUUUGCUAGAUUGAGGUUUUUUUUUUUUAUCAGCUACUAUUGCCUCAUUUAUGCAGUUUAGGUUUUCAAUUAAUAAAAAAAAAAUAAUUGUUUUGUCCCCACUGAGUUUUCAAUUAGCCUAAACAAAACCAGUUAAUGUAACAACAGUAUUUUAUUUAUUUGUUCUUUUCAUCUAACCAUCUUCAAGGAAAAUUAUACAAAAAAAAUUGUUAAAUGCUCUUUAAAUCUUCACUCAAGCCUAACAGGAAAUGAGGUCAACAGUGUCUCGUUCAUAUUGAAAUUAUUUUUAACUUCAAAAGCUCUCGGAGGCUGGUACCAAUGUCUACACAGACAUAUAUCCUUGCUUCAGAGGAGAUACAUUUACAGAGCAGUUAAAAGGUCAGAUAAUUCUCUGUUCUUUUAAAGAUGUAUUUUCUAAGGCAUAAAUUAUAGUUAAGCUAAGAUACAAUCAAGCUGUACCCAGCAUCUUGACAUUUAGGCGUAACUCAGCAGCUCUAAUUAGUUGAAGUGACUAUAUUUUUGUUAUAUUUUCCACAAAGUUCUGCUCAGUUAUAAAUUCCUGUAGACUUUAUUAAAUACUUUGGACUUUAUUUAUUAGAGCCUGGUGGACCUUUUUAUUACACAGCUGAAAAUUCACACCAUAAUUUCUAUUUACUAACAGGCGUAACUUUACAGCAACAUAAAUUACUAAAAGGUCCUGAACCAGAACACAGGGACUCCAUAGAAAACCAUAAAGGCAUUUGAUAUUCACUAAAAUACAUUGUGGCUUCAAUAUACAAGAUUUAGUCAAAACUUAUUUAUGGUUGUAUCGGAAAUUUGAGAAUUUUUCCAAAUCAGCAUUUUUAUCCAAAUUUGAGAAUCCGAUUUUUAAUUCACUACAUUUUGUUGUUAAAGGGACUCUCCAAACCCCUAAAGUUAUUUAGUUGCUGGAGUGCUUUUAUUUCAGUUUACAAAAAGUGUUGUAAUUUUAAUUUUCAUUUGAGCAGUGAAGUAUCCCAUUAAGUGAGUAAAUCCCAAAUUUGUAUCCUAAGCAUCUCUUCUCAGGAAAGAGGGGGUUUGCCAGCUGAUUUCUAUUGUUUUUUUGUUAAUUGUUAAAGGGACACUGAGACCCUGUAAUUGCCUAAUCUCAUUGAAAUAGUUAUGGUGUCUGGAGUCUUUUUCGGCGCUGUCCGCCCAUUCAUUGUUAAACACUUUUAAUGCUUUAUAUGCUAAAUGAGAGUCCCCAACAGCCUAUCCCUUUUGGCUGCUAAUCAAAAUGCAUUAGGAGGCUGUGAUUAGUUCAGAGUGCCAGGGAACGGUCUCAGCCUAUCACAGAAUCCAUUGCUGAUGAAUUAGCAUGGCUAAUCUCUGUCUCAGCCACAUGUCCAUUAGGUGCUCUGUUGUUGGUGACCCGGGACAAUUUUAUAUUAUUAAACUGUUCGAAAAUGGUUUAAUACUAAAUGGAGGGUUAAUGUCAAGGAACUCCAGGCAUUCAAACCAAUUCAAUGAGAUGAGAUAGUUAUAGUGCUUACAGGGACCCUUUAACCCAACAGUAAAUAAUUAAAUUGACAUUGACUUAGAAUUUGUUUUUGAAAUAACACCACCUACUCGGUUAUAUAAACAUUAUCCACUACUUGAACAGCUCUUUACUAGUGACUUACUGGAAGUGGUGUUGUUUCAAAAAUAAAUGCUAAGUCAAUGUCAGUUAAAGUGUUAUAUAUUUAUUCAUCUGAAUUUACCUAAAAAAUUUUUAUUUAUCUGAAUUUUACCUAAAUUGUCACAUUAUUAAAAAAUAAAAAAGGUUUUAUUUUUCUUAUUGCACUAACAUACCCAAUUGAAUAAAGGAAUCUUUUUUUUUACUUGCAGUGCCAUAAUGCUUAUAUAUCCAGUCACACACACACUCUCACACAAUAAAAAAAUUGUAUAUACAAACUACUGGUAUAGAAAAAUAAAACAAUCUCCCUUGGAUUAAAUGUUGAGGCCAUGGACAAAAACACUAUCAUUCUGCCAUCUAGUGGUACAUGUGUAGAAAUGUAUUUUACACAGACAUUAAUUGCAUUCUUUGCACGUGAAUACAGUUAAUGUACUCUCCUAUAUUUUAUGUACACUUGAUAUUAUAUGAUAUGCUCUAUAUGUAAGAAUAGGCAUUAUACACACAUAUCAUGUUUUUUUUUCCCCCCAUUAUAUGUUUUGUGACCUUUAUCCCGUGUGAAAUUGAUUAACUCGAACACAAAAACAAAUAGUUCCAGUUAAAAAGCACUUAUCUAAAAAUUUGAAGAAAUUUAGACAACUAUCAAAGUAGGUAAAGAUCACACAAAAUGCUAGGGCAGUUCCCCUCAUACAGGGGAAACUUACCAAGCAAGCUGGUAAAAUAAUGAGCAAACACUAAUAUAAAGCCUAAUCUAUUUUAGAGUAUGGAGUCCGACUAGUAAGAGAAAAAAGAGCCAAAGAAUUACUUAAUAAUAUCAAAUACUAAAAGAAGGUGCAUAAAUAAGUAUCUCAAAAUAAACAAUACUACACUGUAACUUUAUUGAACUACUAAAUCAAAAGAGAUACAGUUACACUUACGUAUCAAUAUAGUGACUCUAAUUCAUAUGGGCAUUGAUAUCAAUCUUAGGUAUAUGGGGAUAAUUUAUUCUAAAUGUUAUUCCAAAUGAAUUCCCAAAUUUAAUACCAAAACAGUGAUAAGCAAAACGUUCUACAAAAUAUUCCCAGGGAGACAUUUAGCUAAUAAUCCCCUAGGUAGCAUGAUAGUAAGGUCCCUCUAUAUAGUAAUGAAUAACAAUAAAAAUGUAUAAGAUAGAGGGAAAAGUAUAGCAAAUACAGAUAUAACGUUAUAAUAUGAGCAGAAGAGGAAUUGUCUAAUGACAGAAGAGAAAGAAGAGCAUAUUGGAAUAUAUAAUAAACAAAUUUAACCCAGGAGAAAGGCAAUUCUAUCCCUGUUCUAUUGUACUACCCUAACUUCUGCUAAUAAACACCUUCAUGGGUGUUCUGUACUAAGUGGCUAAAUAGUAUACUAUCUUGCUAUCAGUAGAAAAACGGACUCCAAACGGAUAAUAUCAAAAAAGGAAAGACAGAUUAAUAAACAGUGAUCAUAACUGAGUGAGAGGAGGGGUUUCCCUCAGUGCAUAGUAAGUGGUGCACUGUGAUGUGCCGAGGUGAGGUGAUAGGGACCCCCCCGUGUAGCCCUCCUACACUAACAGCCUAAUGUCUGCUCUUAUGAGAUUAACCUACUUGGGGAAAAUAAUUCCAUCUGGGGCUCUCUGCAGUACAAGGCUAAAUAGGGCCCUGGGAUGAGGCACCUGUGACAGGGAGGGGUGCAAAACCAAGGAGUUGGCUAGACUCCCAAAUAUAUAUAAAACAAGAGGGGGUUGGCUGCACUCACCUUAACAUGCAUAAAUGGGGGUGCUGCUGGGGGCCAAAUAAUACAAUACACAAGAUCCAGCGCACUCACCUAUCCACUAAACAGCAACUUCAAUGUUGAAAGAUUUUAUUUGUUUUUUUAAAAACACCUAAUCUAGGCAAAAAUAAUGGGGGUUUAGUUACAUUAUAUGAUCAUACAUUGCAUAAGCCUGCCACAACGUCAAUGUACCCCAUCUUUUGCAUCUAUCAAAGUAGUCCUACUGUUUUCAGUAACUUGAAUGCUGAGCUCUAACUAACUAUAGUAUACAAUCCAUUAUCCUUGUGAAAACAAAACCAUAGUUUGGAUACCUUUGUUUACACAGCUAAAAGGUUGAAAGCUAAGAAAUGCCACCCCAGGAAGGGAGACUUUUUAAUCAGACAUGUGGUGAAAUACAGUCGGUCUCUAUUCUCUAGGGUACAUACAUACUACUAAUAGACUUGUUAAUAGGAUAGAGAGAAUCUAAAGGUAUUUUUUGUUAUUUCCUACAGAUUUGUUUCCCAUUUGUGAAAGGUAAACAGAGUAAAAAGGUUCUUUGAAAAGAAUGCCUUUUUCUAACAUUUGUUGAGUGUGCGUCAAAUGAGAAUGGGCUAAUUUCAGAUUAUUUACUUGCAUGGGGGCAGACAUACCUCUUAUGUUUUGAUUAUCUUUGAAACAGGCAAAACAAGUCAAGGUCAACAGGGUCAGGCUUACCAUUAAAUGGGGAUUUUACGCAUACUUAACUUGAUAUUUAGAUAUUCUCAAUCUUACUUCAGGCAUUUAUGAUUGUUUGUAACUGAUGCUCAGUUCUGAAAUCCAUCAUGUAAAUGUCUGCUAGUAAAUCAGGAUGUCUGCUUCCUGUUGCAUUGGUAAAUUUGCUGGUACACAUAAUAAAAUAUAGGUAAAAACCAUAUUAUUUGCACAUGCUCUCAGAUAAAAAGCUACACAUUCUCAUAUGCAGAUAUUAACAAAUAUGCACACCCUCACACACAGGUAAACAUGCCCAGACAGACAGACACACAAAAAUAAUCAUUGUUAGCUACACUCACAGAGAUGGACUGCCAGACAUACAGAGAGACAAGCAAACACACUCUUCCAGGCACACACAUGCAAAUCCACACUGCUAGAUACAUCACAUAUACAGAUACACACUGCCAGACAGACACACUGAUACAUACUGUUGGACAAACACACAUAUAGAUACAGAUUGACAGUCACAGACACGCACAAAAAAAAAUCCACUUUGUCACACACAUGCAAAUACAUACUGCCAGACACAAACUGGUUGACACUGCCAGACAAACACACACAAACAGAUACCCACUGCCAAACAUACAAACAUAAACACACACAAACACACUGUCAGACAUAAAAUGGAGCAGACUGCCAUACACACACACACAAUAUUGAAAUGCAUGUUAUUUUAUAAGCACUCUCCUAUCUUUCUAAUUUUUGAGUGCAAGAUAGUGACUUCGCUGGUAUCAAGUGUGGCACACAAUAUGGGUAGGAAAGCUUUCUUCACUCCUGCACAACUUCUUGAGACCAUAAAGAGGUAGUGCUGUGACAUGAUGACCGAUGUGCAGGAGGGGAGCUGUCAAUGCAGUGAGAUGACUUGUGAUUUAGGAAAUAUAUUGGUGACAUCAUACAUUCCACACAUUCAUAGUGCCAUCCCUGUUUAAAUCAGUGGUAAUAACAUGGUUUGUUUAAAUACAACACAUUGGAGGAGUAGGAGAAUCACAAUCUGGUAAUUGAAAGUAAUUAGUUGGUUUUCCCAAUGCUCAACACAGGGAGAUGUGAGACAAUUCUUCAAAACUUGAUUUUAUUUAAGGACUUCAAGAUAAAUCAUCCUUUAUCCUUGUUGGUAGCUCUACCCUCACUUGCCUCUUAAGAACAUAUCUUUAACUACUCCAAAGCAAGUCUUGUAGCGGGAAGCUUAAAGGCCAUGGAAAUCCUUAAUCUGCUUACAGUGUUUAUAAUUUAUCUUUUUUUAAUAGGAACCAGAGUGAUAUGUUCUCCUUUCUUUGACAUAAUUUAUGUCUUGAGCCUUAAUUACUGGCAAAGACGGCUUAUAUGUGUAUGUGAUGAGCACACAUAAUUAGUAUCUUGUUGGAUAAAUACAUUUUUUUUGAUUAUGAGUCCUCUUUAAACAUCUCUUAACAGAUUUUGAUGGAAUGCCCAGUUUAAUUGGGAAAAGGGACAGGAUUAUUCUUGGAAGAUAGUUAAUUGAGGAAUUCUUGAUAAAACCCAGAUAAAUGGAUAUGCGUGUCCUAAAGCUCGAGUUAAUGAUGACAACUCAUCGUACUUUUUAUUCUGCUUUUUAAAGUCUAAAUGGAUUCAAUGCAAUGUUAAAUACAAUAUAUAUAUAUAUAUAUAUAUAUAUAUUUAUAUAUAUAUAUAUAUUACAUUUUAUUAUGAAUCUCGUAACCUGUUUAUUCACGGAGAAGAGCAUUUUCUCACACCUGUCCUUUAAUUAAAUGAUGAAACAAAUUGUUGCUUGACAAAAUGCUUUAGGGACAAAGUAAAUAUUUAUCUCAUAAUUUUUGUUUCUGAAGUCAUAUAUAAAACAAGUAUAUAUGGUUCAGCCAUGUUUAGUGCCCCUGCUACUACUACAUUUAAAGGGGAACCAACACCUUUUCGGGAUAUUUAAUAUAUGUGUCCUUAUACUUAACAAACAAAUGUUUGUGAGGUGUGAAAAACUACAUUUAGCAAUGUACAUCUCUUUAUCAUGCAACUGUCCAUCUCCAUAUUAACUCCCUGUCGAUCUUUGUUAUAGCUUGUGUAUUUUGUACAUGGCAGUCAGAAUUUAGAGAUGUAGGCAUAGGUUAACACUAGUUAUCUGUGAUUUCACGUGUUUUAAUAAGUGCUGUCAAUUUCAGAAAAGUGACAGUUCCCCUUUAAAUUUCUUCACACAAAGCACACGUUAACGUUAAUACAGCUCAAGAACAAAAGGAAGGAAAAGAUCAAUUUUUGCCUCCCCCAGACAUAAUGUACCAUAUCAGCUCACACAACCUAGCAGUGACUGGGUCACUAAAGUGAUACAUCUUUAUGUGAAAGCAAUGAUGUCCUAUGUACAUUGAGGCAUGCUAUGUAUUAAUGUGUCCAAACACAAGGUUGUCCCUUGAAAAGGGCACUUUUUCUGCUGCCGAAACAUUGGGGGGUUUUAGUGAAAUAGAUGUCCGGCCCUCUAUGUAAGUGUUUACAUGUACCUAUUGUUUGAUGACUUGUUGCCUAUAGCCUCUAUCACUAGUGUAUUAUAGUACUUAAUGUGUUUGUUGUAAUAUAUUAUUUUAUUGUAUAAUAAAGUGAUUGAGUUUUUAAUUAAUUUGGUGUGCAUCAUUUUGUAUGUAUACAUAAAUAAAUGCAUCUCUUUACAAAUUGUGUGGCUUACCUUUCCUCCACAAUCUGCCAUUAUUCAUUUCUUUUUGAUCAGAAACACCAUUAUUUUUUAAACCACAGGCUAAAAAACAUCCAUUCCCAUUAAACAAUGAAAAGCCAAGUUAUGUUUAAAAAAGAGGUGUCUAUUUAUUUGUGUGCAUUACACAAUAACAAACAAAAAGGCUCUGUUACAUGUAAGCUUUUAUUUUAUCUAUAAUAAAAAUAGUGACAAAGGUGAUACGACCAUAAGAGAAGAGGUACAACCUGAACAGCCAUCAUUUUUUGCAAUAAUUUGUGCCAUUUCAUAGGUAAAAUCUUCCCAUGUAUAUUAUGCUAAUUCUGUAGUGGAUCGGAGGGGGUUACUGGAAUGCCAAAUCUUAUUCGACAACGAACAUGAUAUUGGAACCCCAGUUGAGUUGUGAUGUCAUAACAGCUGAUCAAUCACAAAUGGUUCCAAGGAUCCGGGUUUAUUUUAAGUUUAUAGAAUAGAUGCAAGUAUUCAUGCUUUUUUUCUUUUCCCAGUUGAGGUUUAUAUUUGAGCAGUUUCUAAAAACAGAACAUAACCAGUUUGAAUUGCAAUCCAUCAGAGUCCACUAAACUCCUGAUUGCAACAAUAUUUACAUGUCAUUUUUAAGUUACUUCAAAUCCUUAUUUCCUUGUCUUUAAUCAUUUCCUGUGUAAUUUGUUGUCAUUCUAUCCAAUAAAACCGAACACUGAUCAUUUGGGUAUUAAAGAUGAGAAGACAGCAUUGUGCUUUGAGAUAAAAAUCGGUUGUGAUGACUUUAUAUGUCAUUAUUUAGUGCACCCAUUGUGAGAGACCACACAGGAGUCAGAUCAAGUACAAUGUCCAGUUGACUUUCUCUUAAGUCUCUUUAUAAAAUACAUAAAUGAGUAAACUAAUUGCAGCUGUGCAUACCUUCCCCGAUUCCAGUGUAGUGGAAGGAAUCAGCCAAAGCAAUUAAACACAUUUUGCCUAAAGUGUUUAUGAAAAAAGCAGUUUUUCUUGAAUUUCUGCAUUGUCAACAAAACAUCUUAAAAACACAGCAUCUCCAACAAUAUGUUUGUACAUUUUAAAAAGAUAUGUGGGCUGGUGUCUCCUGGCAGCAUCUUUUUUAGUGUGACCAGUUACAAACUUGUUUUAAAAGAAUAGAGAACACGAUGUUAUGUCCAGGCUGUCAUGCAAGCCCUGUUCCACAAACGAACUCUAGUUGAAGCUGUGCAUUUGUUUUUGGCUGCUUCGUACUCAGAGCCCCGAAUGAAUGCUUUCAGGAACAAAUGUUGUCCUUGAUUUCAGCACUCUUCCCUAGGUUUACCUAUCCAUAUCUCUCAUACAACACUGAGUUCUACCCACUUACAGCACAUUAUUGCUCUACUAUCCGUAGGUAGCAUUCUGCUUAUUUACAUAACUAUUGUUUAUACUAUAUGUGCAAUUUGAGUCCUUUCUUCUGUGUUUGUGUCACAUAUUGGGUAUGUGACUGUUGGCACCACUGGAAACAAGCAUAUAUCAAGCAUAUUGCAACGUAUUCAGUGACGGGAUUAUACUGUCUGUGCUGUUUUCACCUCGAGCCUGGAUUGGCUCACUACAUAAUGAGUGGGCCAUUGGUGUACUUUGUACCAUGUCUUUCUGUGAAGUUAUUUAUUUACCUAUGAUUGGUUUUAUGUUUUGUCUUUAAGUAUUGCUUGCAUAUGGAUUACUUUGGAUAUGUUUGUAUACAUCUGUGCAUCAUAUAUGAUCAGUGGUGUUUUUCAUUAGGCACGGCUAGUCUAUUUGAGUUUUUCACAAGAUGUGGGGUUCCUUGUUUAAAGGACCAUUAUAGUGCCAGGAAAACAUACUUGCUUUCCUGGCACUAUAGUGCCCUGAGGGUGCCUCCACCCUCAGGGUCCCCCUCCCUCCGGGCUCUAGGGUGAGGAAGGGGUCAAACUUACCUCUUUCUCCAGCGCAGGGCGGGGAUCUCUCCUCCUCUCCGCCUCCUCUCCGCCUCCUCUCCGCCUCCUCUCCGCCUCCUCUCCUCCUCCUCGGCUGAAUGCGCAUGCACUGCAAGAGCCGCGCGCGCAUUCAGCCAGUCCAUAGGAAAGCAUUCUCAAUGCUUUCCUAUCGACGCUGGUGUCUUCUCACUGCGAAAAUCACAGUGAGAAGCACGCAAGCGCCUCUAGCGGCUGUCAAUGAGACAGCCGCUAGAGGCUGGAUUAACUCUAAUAUAAACAUAGCAGUUUCUCUGAAACUGCUAUGUUUAUAGAAAAAAGGGUUAACCCUAGCUGGACCUGGCACCCAGACCACUUCAUUAAGCUGAAGUGGUCUGGGUGCCUAUAGUGGUCCUUUGAUUUGCUGCUGUCCCUUUAUUAUUAGUUCUGUUCUUCAUAGUGAGCACCAGAUGAAUAUUUACUAUACUGACUUGGUCUGGCUUGGCAGACAUGAAUACAUACAAGUGUGCUCAUGUUCUUUGCACGGUUGCCACGGCUUAACCUAAACCUUUAUUUCAAAUAUAUAAACUCUCUGUGUUACAUCAUAAUGGAUGUUUGCAUCCUAAUUCUCUAAUCCAGAUUCUCCAUCCUUCACAAUCUUCAAUGUAAUUUAACAAGUAUGUCCCCUCUCCCAUCUACUAUUUGAACCCUGCCCUCCAAACUAUUUCCCUCCAAUAGGGCAAUGAGGUACUAACACUUUUAAAGUAGCUGCAUAUGCUGAUAGUGUUUGAUUGUCUAUCACGGACGUAUCUAAUUCCAUUCCUGCCCAAUUGGAUAUCUUGGACAAACACACCAUUUCAGGUUAUAAGCAUAAUCUUGACAAAACAGUAACAUUACUGCUAGCAUCUUAAUAAUUUUAACUUCUGGUAAAUACCUAUCAGUUUAAAUUUGAGACUUCCCAUUAGGUCCUUUUGUGAGUUAAUAUUCCCAUGGACCCUUGGUGGACCUCAGUGCAAACAAUUUUCACAACAAGUUUUCAUCUCUCAUUGAUAAUAAAAAUCUAUUCCAAUAAAGAGGCUGCGCAAACACAGCGUUGUGCCCCAAAGUGCUUAUUUAUUUGAAGGACAUAUAUAAAACACACGUUUCAGGGUAAUCCCUUUUUGUCAAUGCAAUAAUUCCCUUUGAUCCCUACAUAUGGCUUUUCUAUAGGCAUAUGAGCAUACUACUGGGUUAGACAUUUUUGCAAGAGUCUAUUUCCAUUCAUAGGACUAUAGUAAUCUAUGGGGAUUUUCCCAGGCCCCUGAUAAGACAUGGAUCACCUGUAAAACGAAAAAAAUAUAUAUAUAGAGGAACAAAAUCCAUAAUACUGAAAGAUGCUUCUACAAAAUAUGGGACAAAAUAUGGGACUCUUGGUUAUCAGACUCCUUUGAAUAGAUUUUCCUUAAUUUUGUCUUGUUUCAAUCUCCUUUGUCUCAUUCUCUUUUUUGUGUUGUCAUUUUUCUUCCUAAAACCCUAAUUAUAUUAUAUUAUAAAUUAUACAUAAAAAAAAAGAAACUGCAGUAGGUAUAGAGUGGAAGAAAGAGACAAAAAAACCUAAUGUGAUUAUUGAAAUAAUUUUGUUGCUUGUAACAUGUCUGUGAUGUCCUCAUAAAUCAUCACCAUGCUCAGCCAUAUAGAACUCUGUGUUAUUAAAAUGGUAAAACUAAAAACAGGUUGUCGGGAAUGAUUUACCUUCAUCGGUAUAUCUGAAUAUAUCAAAUAAAUAAUGUUUAGGUGGCCAAGAGUCAUCUUUAAUUUGAGAUGCAUUUAAAAAACAGUGUAGAAACCUGUAAGUUUGCAUUUGUCCUCUACAAAUGAGGUUCGACUUCCCUAUAUUGUAGAUUGAUUGGUAAAGCGCUACAGAAUAUGUUGGUGCUAUAUAAAUUCCUAUAAUAAUAAUAAUAUGUCAGAUGAUCAUUAUACACACAUACUUGGGACUUACUGGUUUCCUUCACUGGUGAGGCUCCUCUUUUGACAUUAUAGGUGAGGUUGAACAUUCUGAUCCCAGGAAAUAGGGACCCAGUCCUGGCCACAUAUAUUGGCAGAACCACCAUAGAAGGGUGGAAAAUGGGGCAGUGUUCCCUCUACAAGAGGCAAGGUUUACCUGUUUUAGGUAGAGUUAGGCAAAAGCUAAUGGGAGCAUUAUAUCACCCAUUUAGCUGUUUCAGUACAGGGUCCUUUUAAAGGAACACUGUAGCAUUAGGAAUACAAAGUUGUAUUCCUAACACUAUAUUGUCCAAGUGCCUAUUAGUUUUAGGUCAUUCCCUCCCCCCUUCCUGUUUGCUGUAGACACAUGAAAAACAGGUUUUUACUUACCUUUAUUCCAGCUCAGAGACUCCCUCAGCUCUGUGACCCGCACCUCCUACCAUAACAUAAUUUGCAUCUCUAUGCGAUCACCAAUCCAGUGCUCCUCUACGAGGAUCAUUGGAAACUGAUGCGCAUAAGCGGCAAAUUCAAUGCUUUUCACGUGACUGAGUUUUUCUCAGUUCUUGUGGUUGCGCCUCUAGUGUCCAUCUGGAAGACAGUUACUAGAGGUGUGCUUAACCCUGCAAUCGGAACAUUGCAGUCUCUACAAAAUUGCAAUUGCAGAGUUGAAACUACAGGCCUCUGCACCCAGACCAUUUUGUUGAGAUGAAGUGGUCUGUGUGCCUUUAGUGUUCCAUUAAAUAUCCAAACAUUCUGGGUGAAGUCCCCAGUAUGCUAACAAGGAAAAAUAUUGUAUAGAGAAUCAACUCAUUCACACACAUGACAACAAUAGAUUGGUACAUCUAUACAAUCUUGGCAGUGUGCAAAACUUGUAACUAUUAUUUUGGUUCCAGCUUUGCUCCCUGAAAAAAAAAUGAUUAAAGAAAAAUGUAAAAGCUUUGUUUAUUUUAUGACUAAGAACAUUUUCUAACACAUUUUCCCAAUUUUUACUAGAAACUGGUGUCAGUUUACUGUAACAAGAACGGUUACCUGCCAAGUACAAAAUGGAUCUGAAACAGUGGUUCAAAGAGUUUAUCAAAGCUGCAGAUGGCCCGGACCCUGUGCGAAUCUUGUGAGGUAUACCAUUUCGUAGUUUUGGAUAAAACAAAACAUGUUUAAUCUGUAUAAUAUUUCAUGUUUGCCUUUAUGUGUCAUACGCUGUAUUUUCCUGAAUUAAUAUGCUGCUGUGCUUCAUUGACAACAAACAAAUAUAAUCAAGAAAUCUAAAAAGAACUCAAUGAUCUUAUGCAAAAAUAUAGUCUACAUAUAACAAUAACUCAUCAUAUUAUCUGCCCUGUUUAUAAUCAUAAACCAAGAGUCACUCUAAAAAUGUUUUUGCUCAAAUUAGUUUUACUCAUGCCAUUUCUGGGGUAUCUAUACCAUUAACACUUUUUUGUGUGUCCUGAUGAAAGCUCUGAUCGGGAGCUGAAACGUUGACCUACAUUAACCAUCAAUAAAGAAGGAAUCUUUGGAAAGCCUGGAGUGCCAGUAUUUUUUUCAUGUGUAUAUUAUUUUUUGUGACUUGGCACCAGGUAACAACCUUUUAGUUGGAGUGCAAGAGUUCUUGAUAUGCUAUACCAUUAACAUAUAUGAGGAGUCCAUCCACAGGGACAAUCUAGAUGUGGACCCCUUGCUUACAGAUGAAUAUCAUCCAAGUCUCACUGAUGAACCAUGUAAGAGGCUGAAACAUAAAUUGGAAGUUGCUGUAUCUAUCGUACGCUGGGAAACUGUGUGGUAUACUUUCCUAACAAUGAUGGUGGAAGUAAGAUAAAACUAAUUUUGAACCGGCUGAAUGGGAGCUAACCAUAAGACAAGAUAUUCAUUUUUAUCUUCUUUCUCUAAAUAUCUCUUAUACUGGGUUUUUGAUCUUUCACUAAUCAAGCAUGAAGUUAAUCUGUCUCUUUGUACCGUAUAACAAACGUUUUGAACAAAUUGUGGUUGUCAUCCCUAAAAUUUUAUUUACUUGUAGUCAUAUAGAGUAAAACGUUGGGCUGAACUAGGAAUUGGCAAACUUAAAGUAACCAAGAACAGUAAAGGCUGACACUAAUUUAAGACAGAAACAUAUCCUUCAUUCUUUGGUAGAAAUUAAGUUUUUCAUCUUAUGAAAUGCCAGUUCGUACUGUUCCUGUUUACUAAAAAGAAAGUUAAGAGUCCCUGGUCUAAAUGAUUAAUUGGAAAAGUCAUUGAAAUUAACCCCUUCCAUUGCUAAUGGUAUGGAUAGCACCCUAGUAGUGAUAUAUAUGCUCAAGAGUUAUCAGCACAAAUAAUAAAUCCCAUUAUUACCUGUGGUAAUAGACAAAGCAUUGAUAAUGAUGUCUGCAGCUAAGGAUUCAUGUGCUGACCUCACAAUGUGCAUAUAUAUGCCAAAGGAACUACAAGCAUAGUUUCUUGCAUGUGUCCAUGUUCUAACAGGUAACACUUUUUAGCAUCACACUUUUGUGUUUUGUAUUUUAACACUUACAACUUACAACCCCAAGAGCAGAAACAACAUUUCAAUAGAGAGGACAUUGCAUUGGAACAAACAAAGUCAUCAAAGCUGCAGAUAAGCUUACAGAACAGUGAUUCUUGGUUUACAUUUUAGCCAGCAACCGAAACAUCAUUAAUCAAAACAAUCUCAUCUAAGAGCUGGACAUAUGUAAGAUGGAUGGACACAUUCACAUUUAAACAACACUCUGUGUUAAAUCGGCAAUACUUAAAAAGUCGGUAUCUUUCCAAGAACUAUGAGGAAUGAAGACGAGAAAAGUAUCUACAAACAUUUUAGAAUGUUCAAAUACUAUUGGAAAUGGCUAAAAAAGAAAAAACAAUAUUUUCAACAAACAACAACAUCCAAGAUCAGAAAUCCAAUAAAAAAUGCAAACACUCUUACUGUGAACACAAUUUAAUUAUAAAAAUAGGACUUAUCAACUCUGGGUGACUCAUGAAAUUAUAUUUCAAAAUGUUUGGGAUGGUACUGGCUUAUUUAUUGAGAAGAACGAAAUGCCAUUCAUUCAAAGCUGUAUAGCAUUAUCAAAUAUCGCAUGGUAUACAGAGCAUGUGGACCAACUCGGUUUACAAGCACAAAGUCAAUGCUGAGAACCAGACAUCUACAGGAGACGAUUUCCAGAGCAAUUUCGUUACAAAUCCAAGCGCGUUGUUCAUAGAUAUCUAUCAUGUGACACAGAACAAGAAUACAUACACAUCAAUAACAUGGUUAGAGAUAUAUAGAAGUUUCAAAAAUCAUACACAGAGGAAUGUUGAAAUGUGUUCCACCACUAUUAAAGGUUAACUUACAAUAUGUCUAUACUAAUGUUAUCAUCCAAAGAUAAGUCGGAAGCAUACGGAAAAUCGAAUUUUAAAUAACUUUGAUUCAUAAUAUGUCACUGCAGGUGAAGCCAUGUUGAUGAUACUGGAGCCCAAAAUGCAUGUUACAUCUCACUCAGUCACCAUACCUCAUAUUUGUGCUAUGCAAAUGCCUUGUAAGCAAAUUAUUUUAUAGAAUGACAUGUGGCAUAUACUCUUACUUCUGUAUAUUUGUCAAUGGAAUUUGGCAGCCAUGUAAAGAAAUGCAUUAACUAUUCCAUAUAGCUUAAAAACUAAACGAUAUAUGUACCCGUUCAUGGCUCACUCCCACAAGUGUGUGAGCAGCAUCACAUGGCAUUAGAGUGAAGAAGGUCAAACAAAAACUGUCAUCUGUGGUUGAGAAAAUCAAGAGGAGAGCAGAGGUCAAAUAGACAACAAAUUCAGGUUUGAUAAGUAACUGAAUUUGCUAUAGUGCCACCUACUGUCCAAAGUGCUAACAGCACUUCCUAUGCAUAAUGUUCUUUCUCCAACACAGCUUUCAUUUAUUGCAAAAGCCUGAGUUGUCUGCAUAUCGCUCAACACUGGGUUAAAUAUAUAUAUAUUUAUUAUCAAAAGAAAAUCAGUUUGAUCUUGUUAUGAAAAACUGUCCAAAAGAAGGUUUUGAACGGUUGCCAUCCUGUCCAUGAGUUUGCUCACAGUUACAUCUGCCAAACCACUGGUGACUCAGUUGGUGCCAGGGGACCAUCAAUUUGAUAUCAGAGUGUUUUCUCACAACCAGAUGUGCUGUUUGCUAUAAGGCUCAUGUGUUCAGCUGCUUCCCAUGACGGCAAAUGUUAUUGUUUUUUUAUGUUCAUUGCACAAUAAUCUGAUCAGGGCCAUAUGCCGGAAUGUAGAACACUAAAUGGGCCCAUGACAAGAACGUAUUGCUAGUAACGAGGUAAGCAGCUCUACCUACUGAUUAAAUGAGGAGGGAGGAAUAAUUCAUGCAGGAGUAUUUACUAGAGUGAGAAUUGUUAGGAAAUCAAAGUGAAUUUGAAUUUUAAAGCCAAAGUAGCUGAACUGGACAAAUUCUGGAAGUCAGCUAUUCUUGCAGUUCGACUACUUAAGGAGGAAAAUAAUUUAUUGUUAACAUUGCAAUCUGGUUCCUUAUGCCAGCAUGGAUUGUCCUGAUUAUUUAGUAUUGGCCGCUCUAGAGAGCCUUGUUAAUUCCACAUGUACCAUAACGUGAUAGACUGGACCUGGCUUCCAAUCAGAACUGGAAAUUCAAACAGAUGAGAUGUUUAAGGUGGCACUGCCAUAUUUUAUUUUUCCUUUUGGUUUUCUUUUUCUUAUGCCCCUUUGUGUCUUAAUGAUUAUACUACCUCCCUGCCUGCCUACACUGCCACUUGCUUUUAGAUAUAAGUACAUGAACGCCUCCAUUUUGUUCUCCUGCAUCCAUGAUGAAUGCAUCUUACCAUCCUGUGGAAUACUUUUGACUGCAACUGAAAUGGAAUUUUUAGGUGACUAAAAAUAUGUGUUAUAAGGCGCUGAGUAAUGUAUUCUGGUGGCAAAAACUUUUUAGCGAUUUUAUCCUAUAAAUAACUUUAAAACUCCAAAAUGUGGCUCUCCACCAUAGCAACUUACACAUUUUGAAAUAGAAUUUUGUUUAAGCUCAGCCCAUUGCCAAAAAUUUCUAAAGAUCACAUUCCCCAUAAAAAAAAGUAGUCUGUACUUUUUCUUAUGUAUAACUAAAAAUCCAAGGUGAAUUUCAAAAAAAUCAAAACAAAGAGAAACAGAGAGACAAAAAAAAAGAAAGAUUAAUUGAAACAUAAAACCUGCAAAGUGACAAAGCUGAUUUCACUCCCAACGUUCCACAAUCCAGAAAACACAACUCAGGGCUGGCAGGAGUAAAUUUAACCUUCUUAAAAUAAACUAACUUUUUAAAUUAUUAUUACUAAACAAAAGAUUGCAAAGGACAGCCAUCUUGAUCUCGUUUGUUUAGAGGCACAUCGUAUCUGUUAAAGAGAACAGUUUUACAUUAACAUAAAUCCCCCAAAAGCAUUAAAUGCUUAAUAUAUCACAGAAUUACACGAUGUAUUUUAUGUAAAAUAUUUAGGUAUAAACUCAUCUUACCUAAGAUCUAGGAACAACAUGUCCUCACAUCCAUGGAUCUUCUCUCCUCUGCCUCUUAUGCUCUGUCUCCUCUCUUCUUUAAUUUGCCCUGCUUAAGGAGGCUACCCCAAGCAGGGAAACCACCUCUGUGACGCUGACAUACUGGCUUCAUUGUAUGAUGCUGGUGUCGGAACUGCACCUCAUGUUUAAAUAUGCUUGUCACAUACAACAUUUCUCAGAAUCAACAUUGUUUGUAUUUGCAAGUCUGCAGGGCAGAAACUAUGCCUCAAAAUAAUUUUGUUAAGGGAAUUCUAUAGCAUUAGGAAUUCAAAAUUGUAUUCCUAACUUAAUAGCAUCCUCUAAAGGGACAUCUAUUAAUGAAAGAAUGAGUAUCUCUGUGACCGUCGAUCUCCAUGACUGCACUCCGCCUUUUACACUCAACUCAUGUGUAGAUGAUUUAUUGAGAUCAUGUGGUCUGGGUGCCUAUAGUACAGGUUGACCAGAUCCACCGGACACAUGUAAUUUUGUCAUAUUUAUGAAAACGCAUGAAAACAGUUGCCCUGCAGUAUGUGCAAUGCAUAUUCUACAGGAUUCUUUAUUGCCUGAUUGCUUGAUCUUUUAGACCUUCUUCUGAAUUCAGCAUACUACAGGGCUACACUUUUGAUAUGCUGCCCAUCAAUAUGUAUAUAUAGUUUGGGUCCCAGAAAACAUGGUGGAUCUCGUCACCCUGCUAUAGUGUCUCUUUAAGAUUAAGUGAUAUUGGUCCCUACACUGUCCCUUUAAUGACAACAAGAGUGCAUGAAGCUGUGAAAGCAAAUAAGUAGGGUAUUCCAAGCUGUCAUAAAUAUAUCUUGGGAUUCAAGUAGGAUAAUGGCAACGUGGCAACAUUGUAUAUAAACUGUUUCAUUAUGAUGUAACCCCAUGUAGAUUCUAGAAAUAUAGCAGUUCUUUUUGCGCAGAUAUACAUUUUUGUUGUAAUUCUUAUUUUUAGUUCUCUUAUUAUUUUCUUUCUUUUUUUUCCCACUGCAUAACUAACUCGAUUCUUUUGUUAGUUACAGGACCGUUCUCAGGCCGUUAUAUAAAAUGUCCUACCGUACAGUGACCACUAUGGAAUGGAGAUGUUGCCCUGGAUUCACUGGAAGUAACUGCGAGGAAG